AUGGAAGUGACUGCCCCAGCACUUAAGCUCUUGCCUCUCACAUACACCGGUCCACUGCUUGUCUGGCAUCCUCUUGAAGACAUGGAACCACUUUUCAUGGGGUAGUUUUGAGGGGUGGAUACGCAUUACCAACGUUUACGCAAGGAGCUUGAUCUUUGCUCGCAAAUAAAAGGUACUGCUAAGCUGUACGGUGAAUCAGGAGGGAGUGAUUCCUGGUAAACAGGGGCAAAUAAAGUGAACGGUAUGGUCAGUCAUCCGGUAAUCUAUACCCAAUAGUUAAUCCCCUCAAAAGUGAAGAGAAAAACUAACUCUCAACCAGACCCACUACGUUGGCAAGAGGUUCAGAUUAAUUGCUGGGGUAUUUAGGGGUUUGCUCAGAAUCCUUUAGCGGGAAUGCGAGCAUAUGAAGUAGUGACGGUGGCCAUUAAAUUAGACAUUUUUCCCAUUCCGGAAUUAAGAAUGAACUUAUUCAGCAGCCAAUACUACUUACUGGCCCUUUUAGCACAACAGGUUUCUUCGGCGGAUGGUGAAACGUUUCAGGGAGUGUUAUUUUCACGUGCAUAUUAUGUUAUCAUCUUUCUAUGCCUUCCUGUUCAAAAAAGAGCCGUGUCAGGAUGCGACUAACUGACUAUUAAAAGAACAUCUUAGGACACUCCCGACGUCGGUACUGUGAUAGCGAAUACAAGUUUUGACUAGGAUGACUGUUUUAGGACAGAAUAAUAUUAAUCUCGCUCCCAAAACCAAACCUGAUCAUGCUCUGCACGCCUCUAUAAGCUGUUCAGUUACAGCCGGGCGUAAACACAAUCGCAGCUUUAUAUUUAAGAACCCUUUUGCCGCAUUUGUCCUCUUUUGACGCGGACUUGGAGUUGGCCUCAUUUUUUGGGUGAUUGGGCAAAGGUUUCGCCCUCCUAUUGCAUAUGAAACAUUGUCAGUACAAACGACGUCGAGAGCACCUCCGCGGCGAACGGACCGACGAGCGGGCGGGCGGCAGUUGAUUGAAGCAUAAACAAGCGAGUAUUCUGCAGAAAGCCGCAAAUGACCCCGGGCCAUUAGAUGAUGGGUCAAAGAUUAGACGCGCCCCACCUCGCUAUCAACGCCGCGCCCUCUUAACGCGGCAUGAUUUAUUGCGUUUGGUCGAGGUAACUUCACCUUAACGAGGGGUAGAAAGGGAAGCAUAGUCUGCUGGACGAGGUCUUAGCUGGAAAAUUGUUUGGACUAAGGAAGAAACUUUAAUCAAGCAUGAGAGUGGAACAAGACGGAUUAAUUUUUUACUGGUCACGCUAACCAUUCAAUCAGUACCUAUUGACGAGGAUUUGAAAGGAUGAUCCCCAAAAUAUCGCAAGCCCGGGGGUUUGUUUAAUGUUAUUUCACUUAACUGUUUGUUCGAGGCUAUCGCGAGACACAUUUGAAACCAAUCAACUAACUGCAAGUACCAUAUAAGUGCCUUUCUUCUCUGUUAAAGGGCUGACCAUAUACUUAACUAUACAACUUAGUCUAUCGAAUUACAGUCCACUGACAUCAGCAUUAUGUGAUGCACGAGUUAGAAGUACCGGAAGACUAUGCUAGUAGCAUGUCGUUGGUGGCAUACAUUCAAACAGUCUCCAGCGCACUUUAGAACGCGCAUUCAGUUAUAAUCCCCAAGUCCGUUUCAUUGGCGGCCCUUAUGAUUAGGAACACAACAUGCUAUGCUUUGUAUUUUGAUGUAUAAAGCCUACUGAGUAUACAUAGGACAGAGGUUUUAAUGUUUUUUUUCAUCUUCUAGGCCUUACUAAAUCCCAAAUUCUGAAUUUAAUGCGGACUGGUCGACUGCGCUUCAGGCUUGUGUGAGUCAACAUUUUGGAUUGCAAAAAGCACGCUCCUAGUCUGCCUUACUGCCUAUAGACCACGCGAUGGUCCGUCUCAUAACAAAUUAAUCCGCUGUACUUGUUAUUGGUCAUAAAACGCAUAUACAUUCUCGACAAAGCAAUCCGAAAAAUUCGGUCUAACAAACAGUUCCAGACGAAAUUAUAAGUUCCCCAAAUUAGUAGAAAAUGCCCCUUUGAAGUCCCUUUGCAUGCUGCAAUUAUAAAAUAUCGCAAAGUCUAUCAUGAUAAUUAACUUAAGAAGCUACUCUAAAAUUCUAAGUUGUCCUGCAUUUCACUUCAUAUAAAGGCUUUAACGUGCGGGCUAGAUAGAUGGGAAAAUCUGGAAGAAAAUAAGCAGGCUCAUUUUUUUCUAAAUAUCACACGAGCUACAUAUAUCGUAAUAGUUGGUAAAGGCAAACAAGUACGCUAGCAUAGAGAAUGUUUUGAUAGAAGAUAUCUUUUUGGAAGCACGUAUACCUAGCAGCAGGUUAGGAAAAUAUUUAUGCUAGGGAACUGUUCCACAGCAGUAAUUUCAAACUUUGUCGGUAAGGCAUUGCCGCAAGGGCUUUUUAAAUUAUUUCUUAUGGUAAGAUCGAGUGUGUCAAGGUAAUAAUGUUGAGAUGUAAUCGUGAUCAACUGCUGUCACCGAACACCUUCCCACUAUAUUUUGUAACUAGAAUAACACCUAUUUUGCAAGAUUUUCACAAUAAAUGUGAGCUUUUUUCCUUUUCAGAUUCUCAGAAUGAAACCACAGGACGUGGAAGUAGCACCAUUUUAACUAUAUUAUUCAGUCAGUGACAAAUCGUAUAUGCCAAACAGAUUUUUACCUAUGGCCAAAGAGCAAAAAUUCAAUUUUUGACUCAGAUGACAGAUGUUCGACAAAUAAAUCCACUAAUGCAAACGCAAUCGUGAGUUUUGAUUCCGGGUCUUGGAUUUCCGUUUAGUUGAUAAUUUUAAUGUUUACUGAGUGACGCUUUAUUGGUAAAAAUAUAUAUAUCACGGGCAAUUUGUUCUUCUUCGUAAAAAAGUUACGUGAGCUCACAACGAUCCAUUGUCGAGUAGUGUUUUCUAUCGGAAAUAUAACCUAUAUUGUGAGUGCGUUCACCGAACGGGUUAGGUGAUCUGCUCAGCCAUUGUGCCUUAAAAGUCCUGAAUGCAAAGAAUGUAAAAAGUAAGUCGCUGACAAAGACGAAGAAGCCUGCUAUGGUCGUUUUUGAAACUCUUAGUAGUCGUCGGCCAACCCUACCCAGGCCUGGGGACGCCUGAGCUUUGAAACCACGUUGUUUUGGUAAUAAAGCGUUGAAAGGUCGAAAGAUCUACUUUUAAGUCACGGACUGGUUGUCCUGUCGAUUGCAAUCAGAAAUAUUACUUAUUGUUGGAAGAGUGUUCUCCGGUCAGUAUUUUCUCCUGGUUUCAUUCUUGUAUCUAACUUCAGUAGCCCAAAUAUAAACUCGGUUUAUACUUGAAGGGAAAUACGUUUUUUGGAAAAAGGGGAAAAAUUUAUUGAGUAACUUUUCGAUAUCGGUUCCCCGUGUCGCCGUCAGACUCGUUUGGUGCUUCAGCCACUGAGCGGCCGUCAUGUGUGUCAUUCCCUAUUGAUCGGCGUUUGUCUCUUCCACUUUUCCCUGAGAUUUUUGUACGUGGUAUCUAACUCGAUAUGCCUAUUAAUGCAGGAUGCAUUGGAGUACAUGGCUUCAAGGAAUUAUCACUUUUUUAGAUGGGCAAACUCGGACGAUGCGAGUUUUGUCCCAUGCGAAAGUUUGCCCAGUAUUAGGAAUGUGCACGGCCAUUUGAGACAAGUGGUCUAGCCUCUUAACUACCAGUUGCUGUUCGUGGAUGCAUGUAAAUACAGAUUUUCCCGGUUGGCCACAAUAUACGGCAUGACAGUCAUCGCAUGGGAUCUUGUAGACGACUUCCUUUCUAUUGAGAUAGUCAACCCUAUCCUUAGGGUGAACAAGCAGAGCGCGUAAAGUAGUCGUCAGUUAAUACAGACGGACACACACGGCGGCCGUUCACUUGUUGAAGCACCAAACGAGUAUGGAUUUCUCAGCACGUUUGAAAUGUUAAUUCUUGUUUUACGCAUUUACUCGAGUCUAAUGACAAUGCGGGGAACCGACGUCGAAAAUAUAAUCAGUAAAUUUUCUCCCAUUCUUAAAGAACGUACUUUUCUUCAAAUUAUAUUUCUUGGAAUGCCUGCGUUCCCAUUUUGUUUAUACGUAUAAUUUUUUCAAAAAUCAGAUUCUUCGAGAUACUUGUAGGCCGAAAACACAGAAAUCUUAAAACUGUGGAAUGCUUCAAUGGCAGACGUUCGGGAUACCAAUUUAAAAUACAAAAAUCAGAAUUUAUAAAACAAAGGAUCAUAUCUUGUCUUUGAAGGGCAUUUUGAUGAUCCACAGGUGAGGUGUUUGGAAAAGCUUUUCUGGUCUUUGACGAAUUUCGAACCUUUUCUGCAGUUUCAGUGCGUUCAGCGCUCCUAAGCUUCAUGCUGCAUGUCCUCGGUUUGGAAAAAUCAUGCGUCUAGCUUCGUUAUUGAGAAGUCCACGAUAAUGCUUAUAACAUUUUGAAAUGAAUGUAUACCACCCUGUGUUCUGUAUGAGCAGUAAUAACAAACGAACAUCUAAGAUCUUAUAUGAAUGAACAUGUAACUGUCUUUAAACCUCUCCUAAUCGCAGACCUUUUGCAAAAGAAAUAAUUUCCUUUCACUAAGCAAAAAAUGACGACGUAUCUGGAUGCAAAACUAAUAUUUUAUGAAUGUAAAUGUGAAAUGUGCUUGAAUCCAUAGGAGGGCGAUUUGCGAGCUCUUCGAUCUCUGAAAGCGCACCUCAAAAACAAAUAACUUCACGAGCGAGGAUUCACGGUGGGUAUCUUUUUAAGUGGGUAAAACCUUUCCAACAUGCUGUCUAUCUUAGAACUGUCCAUCUUUCCCACUUUUGCAGGAUAGAAAAGGCCCCAGAAUAGCUGGCGUGACCUGAGAAGACAGUAGGCAUCGGUAUUCUCUUUUUAGACCACCGUGUUGGCCAUGAACUCCCAGUGUCAACGGAAAUCGUCAACACUAAUAGUCAGGGCAUAAUCAUUACAAACGUUUAGCUUUUAUCUGCCACUUAGAUAAAGAGUCACUUAAUGACAUUCGUAUCUACGAGUAUGCUAAAACGAAGAAAAGGUAAGAGCGCGCUUCAGUUAUGAAGUGGUUUGUCCGUCUCAGGAAGACGUGGUCUACAAUAGUUAUGAACUACAUAUGGAUUAUAGCAGAGUAAACUCGGACAACUAACUUACUUCUCCUAUUUCGCGCCCUCAAAAUUCAUAUAUCCAGACAGUGCAUGACUUCGGAGACUGGCUUAGGGACGCAGGAUCGGCUGCCCUUCCUGCCCGUACAAAACACAUUCUGGGCCCCAUCUACACAUGAACCAGUCUCAAAAAAAAGAGUCUCCAGCCUCUAGCCAAGGACACUGCCCAUCUAGACCACGUUUAAUAGAAGUGUUUUGAAGUCCGAACUACUCCUACGAGAGAAGUACGACGAAACGGAGAAUCGCCUCGGACACGCCCAAAUCAUCCAGCUCCUGAAGUUCUGUCUCAAGACGUACUUUACAUUCGACGGAACAAUCUACGAGCAGGUGAACGGAACGCCAAUGGGUUCGCUGAUUUCGGGACUCAUAGCCGAGGCGGUCCUUCAACGGCUGGAGUCGCUGGUUUUCCGACACCACAGACCGAAAUUCUGGGCUCGGUAUGUGGAUGACACCUUCGUCGUCAUCGAACGGGAUCAGGUGCUGACUUUCAAAGAACAACUCAACGCCGUCUUCCCGGACAUUCAAUUUACGAUGGAGGAGGAGGAAAACAAUCAGCUGGCCUUCCUGGAUGUCCUCGUCUGCCGCAAAGAUUGUGGUGGCCUAAAAACCAAAGUGUUCAGGAAAGCGACAAAUACGACGCAAAUACUGAACUUCAAUAGCAACCACCCGAUCAGUCACAAACGCAGUUGCGUAAGGGCGCUAUACCGGCGUGUUGAGACGCACUGCAGUGAAAUAGAAGACAAGGUUGCUGAAUUACAAUAUCUUCGACGGGUAAUGAGAGCCAAUGGCUACCCCCGAGCAUUCGUCACACCAGCAUCGAGCACGGAUGACGAAAUCGCGGCAAUUAACAACUCGGACUCGGACCGCCAAGCCACCGCCGCAUCAAUUACGACCCCAGCGGCGAUUGUGAGAACUGUUAAUUGCAGUGCGCAUACGGUCCCACGGCAGCCACGUGCUAUAAAUACUGCACUCCUGGUGCCACCUUCACCUCUAUCUGCGAAUGUCUCUGAUGAUGGGUUCGAGUGAGAACCCGAAACGUCAGGCCAAUAAACUUCUUGUCCCAGUGAUCGCAUCUUCAUCUUCUGAACUGCUACCUGGGACUCGCCUGUUCGCUUCUAUCAGCAGUCCGAUCUUCGUUUGCAACUAGAACUGGGUUAUUGUGUUGACGAGAAACUAGGACACUUAAUGCGUUUUGGAUUACUACCAGAUUGACCAUUUUCCUCACCACUCUCACUUUCAGGAACAUGUUGAAAUCAGGCAUACUAAUGAUUAGAUCGAGCGUAGCGGCUGAUGCGAAAUACAACCGUCGCAAUCCGCGAGCCACACACACACGCGCAGAUUUAAAUCUUGGCCAUGUGAGUGGACUGUAUGGGAUAACUGCAGUCUGACCCCUGUUGCAAGGGCAAAACAUGUUGCUUCAUAAAGUAUCAAUUUUCAAAACCACUACCACUCGGUGCUGCGGAAGAAAAUCUCAGAAUUGGCGUAUAUUUUUCCUUUUCCAUUCGACCUGGGCCAGUCCGCAUCUAUCGGUUGGCCAACAACUACAGUUUGUGCAGUAAAUGAAUUGACGAGAGCCUUCGUAUAUCAUUCUCAUACAAGGGAGUAACUAAUGAUUCACGCACACUAAACACUGUCGGCAUAAUGUACUUCUUGGGUCAAUGCGGUCCUCGCUUUCGUCUGAAAUAACAACACAGUGGACUUUCGGAGGGCCAAAUAUUUUAUGCUCUAUGCGUGUGCACAGAUGUACUCACAGACACCCACGUCCAACAUCUUAGUGGGUGCAGUAGGCAAGUGCGGACCGUCACGAAUCGGAAUUUUACCCAAGACGGCCUGGAUAUGGUAGUGACAUUUCGACAUGCAUGUCAAUACAUAUAUACAAAUUGAAAACUGGGAAUCCCAAAAUAUAUAAUAAGGAAUAUUGAAUUCUUUGUGAAGUAGAAAACUUUAUUGAGAAAAUUCGGAUACUGCUUCGCCAGCUCGUCUUCAGACAACGCGCGUACAAAAACAAUUUAUAUCUAGACCCAGUCUGACAAAAGAUUCUACGGUUGGUUAAAGUUAUCUUCUCGUGAUUGUUUGGGGCAUUUUACAUCUGUCCUUAAGGAUUUUGUAUGUGGCAUCUAAAUCGAUAUGCCGGUUGAUGCAUGCCUCAUCUGAGUGCAUUGCUUCCAGGAAUUCAUGGCCGUUCUCUAUUGGGCAGGCGUCAACAAUACGAGUGUUUUCCCAUGCACAUUUGUACCCACUGUCCAACGUGUGCAUGACCACGUGAGAUAGAUGGUCGAGACUCUUUGCCACUAACUGAUGUUCAUGUAUACGGAUUGAGACAAAUUUCCUAAUUUGACCACAAUAGACGGCAUCACAACUAGAACAUGUGAUUUUGUAGACAGCAACUUUUCUUUCGAGGUAGCCAACCCUGUCCUCAGGGUCUACAAGCUGUGUGCGUAAGGUAGUUACAUGUUGGUGUGCUUAGUGCAUUCGGUACCUUUUAACUGCCCUUCUAUUAAUGCAGAUACAUUUUUCACGUAUGGGAAAGUACGCCAGGUGGUUGGUUUCAGUGCCUGAGCGGCCGUAGGAUUGAAAUUGCUGGUGUCUCAUGCAUUGACGUAUAAAGUCAUGCUGGUACCCAUUUUGAGAGGGCAGUUUGUAGAGACAUUUCAUUUCUGCGUGAUAACUUGUUUCAUCAAAGCAGUGGGUUUUGGCUGUAGACUGUAACCCGUUUGUGAGAGUCAGGGUAGUUACUCUCAAAGUGUAGGAUGACCUCUGAAAUCGCCUCUUUGCGAUAAACUGAUGUAGGAAGUGAUUCAUCGAUUUUUCGACCUACAAGGACAUUCAAAAUUGGGAGUUGUCCAACAACUUCCGUUUCGAAAGCAAACGAAAUUUCUGGAAAUAUCGAGUUAAUAUUGGUAUGGAGCAGAUUCAACUGAUCUUUUUUGACGACCACAAAAGUGUCAUCUAUAUAUCGCAACCAAAACCGAAAAACACAGUCGUGUAAGGACGCUCUAUCGGCGUGUCGAAACGCACUGCAGUGAACCGAAAGACAAGAUUUUCGAACUACAAUACCUCCGACGGGUAUUCAAAGCCAAUGGCUACCCUCGCAACUUUGUUAACCUGUGCAUACGCAAAAAAGUACGAAAGGCCUAGCCGUACGGACACCAAAUCUUUGCAGGCGCUUCCGUAUGUCAAGAACGCUUCGGAAGCUGUCGACCGCCUUCUCGCAUUACUUGGAGUUGGAGUUGCAAACAGGCCGGAGGCAACCAUCAGGCGUCUGGUAAUGAAACCGAAAGACCCAAUGCCACGGCUGGAAACGUCUAGACUCGUUUAUCGGAUCUGGUGCAGUUGCGGACGAAGCAACUUCUCGGAGAAAUCGGAAAACAGCUCCGAACGAGAAAGGCCGAUCACGCUGCAGCGGUGCGGAGAAAUGACGAGAGCUCUCAAGUUGCGGCUCAUUCGAUGAUAUCCGGCCAUAUAUUCAAAUUCGACGAGGCUGAAAUUCUCGCAAGAGGUGACAACCGCGUGAGCCGGGAGCUACUUGAAUCAUGGUUUACUGGCCCCCAAUCCAUUAACAACUGCAAUGAACUUCCCCUUCCAUACUCCGUGCUGUGACUUCGCCUACGCGGAGUAAGUAACCAAGCGGGGAACGCCCAUGUGAACACUUGUCCCAACACGAGGGUCGGUGGAUCAGAUGGUCUAGCAAUUAUCACACCAACAUCCAACGCACGUGAUGAAAUUGCAGCAAUUAACGGCGUGAACGUCGGCCAUCAAACAAUUAGCACAUCAAUUGUGAAUAUGUCGGAUGAAGGUGGAGCCGUGAAUGUUCAUAGGUAUGCGAUAGCAUGAUGACCGCAUCCUAUAAAUACUGCAGCCCCUUGUUCGUGAACCAUCCGUAUCUGCUGUUGCCUCUGAUGACGCGUUCGAGGAGGAAUCCGAAACUUCAAGCUAAUAAAGCACUUGUCCCAUCGAUCGUGUCUCAUCUUUCAACACUUAUUCCUUGGACUCGUCUCUUCGCUGCUGUUGACAAUAAAGUUUAUUGUUUCCCAAACAAUUCAAUAUUUCAAAAUAUACAUAUAUAUAGCACGAUUUGUAAUAUAAACGGCAGAAAUACUUGAUGAAAUCUCAGGCGCUUCUUGUCCAUAUUCUGCCGCUGCUCUACAAAAAUCCUAGAGGUUCGACGCAUCAUUGUGUCCUUCUGCAUUCCACGCGUAAUGAAUAGUAAACACUCCGGUUUGAAGAUCUCAACUUUCCCAUCUCUUCAGUAAGGAAUGCGCUAACUUGGAAUAAGUCAGCCGGAAUUAUGCCCUAUAGGCUGGGUAUGACAACUGAUAUGAAUAUUUGACCCGAACUUCAUCAGCGACAGUGAGAUAACAGCUUAAUAUUCAUAAACUGCGGACGCACGGCCCGUAGUAUGUACAUUGUAUAGAAUAUUUUUUAGGGUAGUAUAUGUUGUGUAAUUGUAUAUACUGACAGCAGGGAUACAAAAUUAGAUUAAAAACCCUGACUCAGCGCUAUACCAUAAACUUAAUCAUUUCCGAAAGUACUAGUUUAUAUUUACAUAUAUGAGAAGUUAAGGCGAUCACAGGAACCAGGGUUUUAUUUGCCCGAAGUCUCGAAAGCAAACAAGCUUCCAUAAUAAUAAGUAGGUCGCGUACGUCACUUCGCAGUAUUUAAGGGUUUUCCUUCGUGCUGGCGUGUCAAUGAUUUCUAGCGCACUGAAUCGUGUGUUAGGCGAUUGGGCAAGGUUUGCUCCUACUGAAUCACUUGAUUGAUAUCAUAUGGAUAGUUUUCAAAAACAAUUUUAGUCAACAUACAAAUUUUAACCACUCGCUGGAUUAUGGAGGGCGAGAGAGCGAAGGCAGAACUCGAAACACGCUCAGGGCAGCGGCCAGAGUAGGCAUAGCCCACCGACCACAGGCAACAAUUCGACGCCGUCUGAUGCAACCUAAGGACCCCUUGUCACCCGCCGAAACCUCUGCAGUUAUCUACAAAAUAAAUUGCAAAGAGGGCGACUGCAACUAUGUGGGAGAAACCGGGCGGAAAUUGCAGACUCGCCUACAAGAGCACAAAUCAGCUACUCGGAGGUUGGACCCAAAUUCUCAAUUAGCAACACACGUUGGAGAAACUGGGCAUACUUUCGAUCUCCAGCGAGCUACCAUCUUAGGCCGGGGCAACACAAAAGCAGAACGGCUAACUCUUGAGGCGUGGUUCUCCGAUGCCCACUCCAUAAACCGGCAUCUGGACCUUCCUGCAGCCUACAAAGUCCUACGUCAUCACAAUCGUAGAGCUCAGGACCAAACAACCACACCGGGCUUAAGGAGGCCAUACGGAGACAGCCCGACGGCGAGUUUACUCGGUGAAGAAGAAGAAGAACCGCCAGACCGCCCACCCGACACUGGUUCAGUCACCUCCCCCCCGGCGGAAUGGUGACUCACAAUGCAGGCAGCCAAAACACCAGUCAACCAUCCCCUGAUAGGCCGCGACAGCGAGAGGAGAGAGAGAGAAAAAAAAUCGACCAGCAGGAGGCCGUCCAACGUGACACGCCACUUGGGAUCUCUGGUGGAUUGAGUGCAUUUUACGCUUUGACAAUGGAGAGCCGACCAAGCUCUUCGAAACGUCAGCAUCCUAAUAAACCUGUUCCGGUGAGCCCACCUUCUUCUUCUUCAAACCUACUUUGCCAAUCGCCUGAUUGGGAUAAUGCAGAGGAGGGAAGCAGGGCUCGAAGCUAGCGCAGGAAGGCGCGUAUGAGCUGCUACCUGAUGUAACCGAGGGUGGCGUAUAAGCAUUCCCGCCCCUCCCCCCGCCAAGGCACGACACUCGCCGGAAUGCACAAAGACGUGAUAUAUGUGAAGUUAGCGUAAUCGCAUUUACUGAAAUUGUUUGAGGAAGCUAAACAUAUGGUAUCAAUCGAGUGGUGUUGCUGGACCCAACCUCGCCGGUGAGUGCUGUCAUGGUUUCAUCGAUUCCUCCUCAUCCUUUGUUAGGUAAGGGGAGGGGGUGGCGGUGACCGCCCUCACUGCUGAUGUUUGCAUUGUCCGUUGUCUGGCCUCCACGUAUCUCACCUUCCUGUCCCGUUCUCACCUGCCCGUAACCGUUUGGACGGUGAUUGUCACGCCAGUGUUGACGUCGGGUCGGGGGUCCCUGUCACUGUCAUGCAUUUUUGCCGGGUUCUCGCGUCUGCGUUCGGACUCAGUAGGUAGUCCCCUCGGUUUGCGUUCGCCUCCGGUUGUCCCCUGUGUUCGUCCGUUUCCGAUGUCCGUUCGCACACCUUCGUGUGCUCGCUUGGUCUGGGUUUGACUAUUGUCGUCUUUGGUUUGACGUCUCGCCCGUAGUACUGGUUAUUUUACUGCGCCCUUAGGGCUUAGUAGGCUGCCGGCAGGGUUAUACGGCGGUCAAUCGAUGUAGUUUUGGUGUGCCAGGCUUCGAGCGUCUCCCUGACCGUUUGAUUGAUCACUCGGUUCAUGAUUUCGGCGUUUAAAAAAAGCGAAGGCAUGGCCAGAAGUUGCACAAUGUUUCGCCACCAAUGAGAGCUUAUCCAUUCUUCAUACCGCUUUUGCGUGCUUGCCCAUGUGGGUCGGCAACCUUUUCCCGGUCUUUCCAACGUAUUUUGUUUAGCAGGAACUGCACUGGAUCCGAUAGACGACGUUGGCUGUUUCGUCUCGUGGCAGAGGCGUUUUUGGUUUCAUGACCAGACGUCAGUACCAAAUAGUUGCAAGAUACGAACAACUGCCUUGGAAAAGUCGAUGAGAGCUUGUUUGCUUUCGAAACGUGAGGCAAAUAAAUCUAUGGAUCCUGUGAUCACCUUACCUUUUCACUUAUGUCUGGGAAGGUUUAUUUUCGCCUCAGUUAUGCAUAUAUAUACACUGAGUGGAGUACCGACCGUCGUCAUCCAGUUGAUACUUGAGUCAACAUAUAUUUGUCUGCGGCUAAUCAGUUUGAAGUGCGAAAAUUCGAUUGAACGUUGGCAUACCGGGAAUAUUUUUCGGGGAUUCAUUGAUGUUUUGACAGAUUUUUGAAUAAUUCAUAUUGACCCAACUGUGAAAAACUCGGCGCCUCGGUGAGAUUCGAACCCACGCAGUAAGGGGCAGGCUUUAGCGCAGCCAACGCUCUAACCACCUGAGCUACGAGGCCCUGCCGGACGACGCGAGUUUAAUCACAUUUGGGUCAAGUUACCCAAUUUUGGGGAAAGCGUGAAAAAAUCAAACUUAAAAAUCUGUCGUCACGGAACUAAGAUACCUGCUAGAGUUCAACUUCGCUCGAUUCGCCGACCACUCCGCGUUGAUAUCAACUGUUGGCUUACGGUUGACCAAACCCGGUCCUACUCAAGGUUUAUGAGCGUUUGAUAUGGCAUGACCAGCAAAUUAUGGCCCUCGCAACCUGGUGUGCGCUAGCAGUUCUCGGGCAUCUGUUUCUCUGGCAGUAGACGCGUUAGCGCUCCCGCUAAGUAUACAGGUCGCGUGCAUGACUGCCCAGUCAUCUACAUCCUUUGUGUUGUGGUUAUUACUGUUGUCGAUGAAAAUCCUGGUAAAGAGUUCUUUAUGGGUCAUUAAAGUGCGGGUUCGGCCCUAGUAAUUCACCUGCGCCCUCCUCGUCUCCUGCAGCGAAGGUUCUUCGUCCAUAUAAACGAAUUCAUGCGCAAGGCACCGUCCAUGCCUAAAUCCUGGUGUGGAGCCCACAGUGGACAUCGUUGGAUUCAACGAUUGAACCAGCGCACUGGAGAAGCUUGCAAACAGUCACCUCCAAAUUGGCAUUCACAGUGUAUGAUUCUGGGCCGUGUCGUGGCAAGCUGUUAGUAAACCCAGAAAAUGAUGCAGGCUCUGGUAAUUGUUUUGUGCAUAAGAUUGUAAAAUCAAGUCUAAAUCCAUUCUUCUCCGGAUAUCUAAUUUUCUCCUUCCAUCAUUCUUGCUUAAAACUUAACUUCUUGCCCGCUAGGUAAACUGUUUCGGUCUGUGCUUGCCUGUACGUAAACUCCAACUGGAUUUUAUUUAAAACUCCACGUAGGGCUGAAUUCUUAUCAAGCCACUUUUUCUUCACUCGCCAUCACAAUGCCCGAAUCAAAUUAGGGUUAAGCGAGAUGUGUUUUGCCGACUAAUGACAAAUUUAAUCAGUCCUCCCAUGGGCAGUGCCACUACCUCUUAUGCGCUUGAGGGCAUCAGCUUCUGCCGACUUUCUACCUAUUUUCCAACGUCUGUUAACUCAGGCAUUCCCAAGAGUAAUACUUACUGAACAUUCUGUAAGCGACCUACAUAGGUUGUUUAUGGUCGUGUGAUGCUAAAUGCAACGGCGUACCAGUAAAAAAGUUUAAUACGACGCCGUUGUUGCACAGUAUACUGAUGGAUUUAAAGAAGGAUUCGAUAAUAAAUUAUUUGAAUACAUUUGACCGAGGUUCUAAGGACGGAAGCUUUGAAAGCAGUCAUCUGCCUCCUGACGGACCAAUCCCGGGCACUAGUGAGCGGUUCAUAGAUAUUGCUUAGUACACUUCAGAGCUUGCAUGAAUCAGAGAGUAAGACCUGAACCUGGAGGAUGUUUCCCUCCACGUUGCGCAGGCUGCGCACCGCAUUGGUCACUACUGCAAACGCUGAAUGGCUGUUCAGAACCCACCGGGGAGGUGAGGGUGACAGAUGACAGCUCUAGCAGUCAACGUUCGAGCCACUUGCAACCGACUUUAGAGGGGUGGUCGGUGGCAUACGCAGACACCCUGACAACAUUUGUAUGUCAGAGUCAUGUUCCUUAUGACAUGCGAGGUGUGGCAUAGGCUGCUUCUAGUGUAUUUGCGGCACCACUAGUUGGGAAUCGCACAACCUCUCCUGCAGACUUUUGAUGCUUGCUGGGGCAGAAAUAGCUGCCACUGUAGGAUGAGACCGGCAGAAUCCAGACCACUUCCUCCCAUGCUGCUACCGACAGAAAGUUAGUCUGAUCUGUGGGAUCAGGCCGCAUGCUCAAUUACCCCUCCAGUCUAAUGAAUACUCCCUCUAACUUUACAUGCUAACUGGUGAAAUGUUAACCGAACUUCCGAGAAGUGUUUUUUUUUUAACUCGAAAGGAUUAGUUAAGUGUAGCAUAGUGCCAAGUUAAUCUAGUUGCUCCGGGCAGCCGGUUUUUGAAUGAACUUAUUUCCGGCCGCCUGAAAGAAACUACACUCUGUAUACUUUUCUCAUUGAUUGUCGAUGCCCUUAUAAACUCAUGCGUAUUUCCUAAAAAACGCGCAUACAAAUAUUGAUUUUUAGAAGCUUGGAAGAGACGUACAACCUCUUUAAAUUUGACGCUGGAAGAAAAAGUACAAUUCGAUUUUUAACAGUCUAUUAUUAAGAGAUUUGUUAAGGCUGUGAGAUGCUCGUUCAUUAAACAUCUUGUCUCCGCAUUUACUAAUGUAGCUUGUAAACUUUAUAAUAGGGUCUAAAUGCAUUACCUAAUUUUGUGAUUCCCACAAAGUUUCUUCAUGGUACCGUGUAGAAAUAUAUAAUUUUCCGUAUACAGGAAAUAUGCAGUUUGGGAUUUGGAAACCCUGAAUGCAAGUGUAAUGGCGGAUUAGGCUAAAAUUAUUGGGGAACUGAAAAACAUAUCUAAAGCCAAAUUGCGCCCUUACCUCAGGUAUGAAAUUUAAAGAUGUGAUUUUCCGACAAAUAAGCAAAUAAACGAAUAAUUUUAUGCAUGUAUUCUAUGAGGUAUAUUCAAAUUGGCCUAGAUGCUUCCAUCUGUCUGUGGCCCUCCGAUAAUUUCUGCAAAAGUUCAUGAUGAUUGGAUGACUCCCAAAUGCUCCAAAUGCUGGUAACCUUUUUCCGUGCCGUUUCUGUAAGCGCACGUGGAUGAUUCAAUUUAUUUGAGUGGAGAUAUUUAUUGCGGCAGCUUAACAGUAGCGACACUUUUGUCGGUUUCCUAUGCAAAAUCUUCGGUCAAAGUGAUGACGGAUGGUGGAUGGAAAAGUUUAAUAAGCAAGUCUUAAUUAGCAAAAUGUGCCCAGCUGAUGAGCAGCCGACGAAAAAAUAUCAGAACCAAAUUUCCGUUUAACAGCAAACUCCUUUUAACAAGUAAUAAUAAUAGUUUUUUAUUAAGGACCCGUCGAGAUCCCAUCAAAGCAUCAAUGAGCAUCGAAAGUCAUUAUAAACUUCAAGAAGCAUUAAUGUUUCCGGCAAAAUUCAGACUGAUAGAAAGUCAAAACAUUGCUAAAACUUAGCAAUCUUGAAUUUCAAAAGCCUUUUCUGCAAAAAUGCACAAAGCCAUCAAAUCAAAGGGAAAUAUCAGAUUGUUUUAUAAGCUCAUAUAGGUUUUUUAAAGCGUGUUUACCUUUGUGCGUUUACUUCACCUGAGUUACAUUGCAUAACUGUGGGAUACUUUUAGGUGAUACAUUCUGAAAUAAGCCAGACGUGAAAUUACCUCCAAAGUCAACAUCAUAAAGUUCAUCUGAAUGCCUGGAUGUCCUUAAAUUAUAAGCGUGUCCUUCAGCCGCUAAUAACGUUUUUGCAAAGAACGACUCCUUUUCUUUACAAAUAUCAAAGAGUUAAAACGAAGCGUUCGCAGUAAUACCCACGAUUUUUCUGUUCUCCUCCUUGACUGUUUUAGUAAAAUUGGUGAAUGGGCAAAACGAUACCGUAAUCUUUGUUUUCCACAUUUUUGUCUUAAAACCGUUUUGAACCUUCAGUAAGGCUUUUGAAGGCUAUCGCAAAGGAGGUAAAAUGAGCGACAUAGUCUCGAAUAGGUCUCAUGGUCUAACAUCCCACACAGUGACAGCAAAAUCGAGGAUGUCAGACAGUCCAUAUUUCCUUUAGCUUUCGUCACUUUAUUCGUUUUCGAAACUUCGGCAAAUAUAUGGUAUUACAUGUCAUCGUCUGUGGUCAUGUUGACGGUGAGGCGUUAAUGGUUGAAAAAAUUGCUGCUUGAAAUAUUCAAAGUGUUGAAAAAUAGCCAUGUAAUCGUCCGAUGUAUUGGACUGUUUAGCACCUUUUUGCAAUUUCUGCCGAAUGCAAUUUUACUCGCUAAUCUUCUCUGUUGUGGCAAGGGUUGCUUAUUCUUCGAAAGCGGUUUAUCUGCUUCACACGCGUUUUGUCAGCAGCCUUUUCUAAUGCUUAAGGUUUUAUAAUGCCAGACUAAAAUAAAGUUGCGGAUCUAGAAAAGCAAGCAUCUUGGACGUCCAAUUCGUUUUAUUCUAACUAGAGGGUUUAAAAGUUGCGGAAUCUGCUCGGAAAACUUUUUUUGUUUACGGAGAAAACAACACGCCUGACAGCACUACUCAACGACGGUUAGCGAAAUUUAAAAUAAGGAGGCGUGAAAUCAAAGUUACUCCCAAUCUGGAUGACCGGCCCGUUUCGAGAAAAAUAGUAUGAGUGCAUUUGUAGGGGAAAUCUUUCAGCAAAAAAGCGCAAAAUUGGCAGACAUUUAAGCUGACAGCACAACACCAUUCACUCCAAAUGUUAAACGAUUAGCAGAGCUCAACGGUUUGGGCCAUGGAUGUUUGUCGAUUGCGGAGGCCGAAAGGUUCUAAUAAGUAGCUUAGAAGGAAAAAAGAAGAAAAAUAAGGAGCGAUCACUGGAACAAUAGGCUUAUUGAUCUGACGUUUAGAUUUCCACUUAAACAGUCACAGGUAAGCGUAGUGGAGGCACAAAUAGUGCAGUAUAUAUAGUAAGUAGCUGACGUAGGAUUACAUAAGCACUCUAAUUAACAGCCUUCACGAUCAUCGCCACGAGUCGUAACUGAUGCGAUAAAGACUCGUCAGUCCGUGUCCGAGUCGUUAAUUUCCGCAAUUUCAGAAAUCAAGCUGGAUGUUAGCUCAUUUGGCCCGCUGUCACUGGGAUUGUUGCUUGUCCGCGCCAUCCCCCUGUGACUGACUCAUCUGAUCAGGGGAUGUAUCUGCAUCGAAUGGGGUAACGGGAGGUUAUUGCACCUGCUGAUGGAUUACUGGCCUGAAAGCCAUGACUGGGGCAGCUCCCAGCUCAUACAGUUAUCACCUUUCGUAAUAAUUUCAGCCUCUUGAAAAUAUGGUCGGAUCCCGUGAGAUGAGCUGCCAACAAAGACCGAGUGUCCUUCCUCAUCACCGCUGCUGCAUGCGCGACCAUCUUCAUCUGGAGUAGCCCACCAGUUGUCCCCACAUAUUUGCUCUGUCUGAAACUGGACCAGAUCGGCUAAGCGCUCCAGACGUUUCCUGCCGUGACAAUGGGUCUUUCAGCCUCAUGGCCUGGAACCCGGUUGUCACUCCCAGCCCUUGAGAAAUUCCAAAUCCAAACGGAGUACGAAGGCGACUGAUGGCACGUGCGUCCCACCCUGCCUGGCGUUAGUGAUGCACACAGGUCGGAAGUGACAGCCGGGUGCCAGGCAAUAAGGCCGAAAGACCUACUGCCACGACAGGAAACGUCUGGAGUCGCUUAGCCGAUCUGGUCCAGUUUCAGACAAAGAAAAUAUCUGGGAGAAAUUGGUGGGUUACUCCAGAAGAAGAUGGUCGUGCAUGCAGCAGCGGUGAGGAGGAAAGGCACUAGGUCUCAGAUGACAGCUCAUCUCACGGGAUCCGGCCAUAUUUCCAAGUGGCUGAAAUUAUUACGAUAGUUGAUAACCGUAUGAGCCGGGAGCCGCCCCAAUUAUCGUUUCCAGGCCAUCAAUCUGUCAACAGGUUAAAUGACCUCCCUAACCGUAUUCGGUGCAGAGACAUUCCCUGAUCAGAUGAGUCAGUCACAUGGGGAUGGCGCGGAAAAGCAACAAUCCCAGUGACAGCGGACCGAAUGAGCGAGUAGUCAUCAAGCUAACAUCCAGCUUGAUUUCUGAAAUUGCGGCAAGUAACGACUCGGACACGGACUGACGAGCCGCCGCCGCUUCAAUUACGACCCGUGGCGAUGAUCGUGAAGGCUGUUAAUUAGAGUGCGAACGUAAUCCUACGUCAGCUACUUACUAUAAAUACUACACCCUUUUUACCUCCACUUUUUUUAUCUGUGGCUGCCUCCAAUGAUGGGUUCGAGUGCGAAUCCGAAAUUUCAGGCCAAAAAAUUAUUGUUCCAGUGAUCGCAUUUUCUUCUUCUAAAUAGCUUCCUGGAUCUCGUCUGUUCGCUUUUGUCUGCUAUCGAGUUGGAGUCAGUGGGGUCAUAUGCUCAUGCCGCGUUGAUCACGCGGGGGUGUCUGCGACUGUUUCUGAUGAUGUGCUCAAUUGGGAAUCUGAAACUUCAUGUCAAUAGACUAAUUGUUCCAGUGAUCGCUUCUUAUUCUCUAGCGUGUUAUUUUGACACUUGCCCGCCUCUGUCGAUUUGCUUGCGUGUCGCCAAGUCAUUCGUGUUUACGAACAAUAAUUACGCUAUAAGAUGGUCACUAUGCAAUGAGAGGCAUCGUUUGGACGUAAAUUUGAAACAAAGAAAAGGAUGUAUGAAUCGCGAAAUCAGACGACAGCUCAACCGAUGGAACAGUAUUUGCGUAAUACGUCGUAUGAAGAGAACGUAAUCCAUUACGACCUAUUUAAGCAGAAGCACACAAUGAGUAGAUACCCCUACGCAGCCUCACUUUGACGCUUAAAUAAGAUUUCUUAACAAAACCGGCCCGACCGUUAAGACGGACUGUUUCUGCAGCCCGGCAAGGCCCAAUCACACAGGACUCCGCUUGUUAGAAUUGUUUCCCAAAAGUUCAAGCAGGAAUUUCUUCGCAUUUUUCCCAUAGUUCCUUCAUUUUCCGAUUGCUCUCAAUCUAAAUGCACGGUGUUUCAUUCAACACGGCUGAUGCUAUUAAAAGUUGAGCAGAAAACAUUUUUGACCAAUGAGUGGUACAUGUCAAAUUAAUGGGAAAAGGGACAUUUGCAAGAGGUUAUAGAGACUCGUUGGACGGUCCAACGUGCAUAAAAAGACUCAGAAGGCCCAGUGAGAAAUCCUCAGCCACACAUUCCUCGAAGUGAUGAAAAGUCUGCAAUAUAAACGAUUAGCUUACCAUAUGUAGAUAUAUUUGAAAUUAUAUGCUGUAUUUCAGGUUGAUAUAUCUCCUUUUCAUAUCAGCCUGUAUGCCGUUGACUUUGAAGAAGACCUACUUUAUUAAAUAUUCUGGUUUAAAGGUCCAGCUACUCAAUAAAAGCAGAAAUAAAGCAAAAAGAAUCGACUAAAGGCAUCGUAAAAAAUCGUCGUGGUCCUUCUGGCGACGGUUGGGCCGACUGAGUUUAAAUAAGCACACUGCUGUCGUCGUUGUGUUAGCUGAUUGCCAACUAAGACAUUUCAUGUUUGUAGUGCAAUAAUACCUAUAAUAACCAUUUCUGGUAAAAACCGCAAACUAUUAUUAUAUGUUUUAAGUGAACCUGUUCCGGUAGUAAUGAUUUGUGGGCUGCACUUAUCAUGGUAUCUCAUAGUCAAGUGAAGAUCAUUCUCAAUAAUAUUUGGUUCUUUGAACAGGUUUCACCAUUAAGUGUCUAAAAUGCCUUUUUCAUUACUUUCUUUUUCAAAGGGAAGCCAAAACAAUUAAUCGCAUGCAUGUGCUCUCGGACUGUCUUUUUGCGAAUUUGGGGAACAAGCGAAGCGGGCAAGAAAGAAUCUGAAUAUGGGAAUGUUAUUCUUUUCAUUUUAUAUGUUUAGUACCUAGUAUUGAGUACACAAAUACCAAAACAUGAACAAUAAAUAUUCAUUCUUUUGCUCAUUGCGUAGACAAUGACGUAUGCUUCUAAUUGUAUACUCGAAGAAGUGAAAUAAUUUGGUUUUAAAAACUUUCCAAAUCCCGAAUACUUUUGACCCCGUUCUACCGUCACAAUAGGAUUCAGGGUUUAUAAACUACGAGCCGUAUAUUUUCCGUGUAUGGUAAACCACACAUUUAUCUGCGAUAAUAAAGGGGGACUAUAUAGAGUUUAAAAAAUGUAGCGGUGGAUUUGAUCCAUAUUGUUAACUUUAAAACCACAUUGCUAAAUGCAGAGACAUGACGACUUAUGAAAGGCCAUUUAACGGUAUUUAAAAGUCCCAUGAUAAAAACUUUUUUUAAAAACUCAACUGUGUUUUUCUUUCGUGCAUUAACUUGGAAGAAGACGUAAUGUUCUACCGAAUGAGCAGGCGAAUGAAUAUUUUGCGCAUGUUUUCCAUGAACUAUAUUGGAUAUCUAGGAGUAUCGAAAAUAAAAGAAAAAAGGUCAUGCUACUUAAGAAGUCAUUGUUUACAGAGUGAAGUUUUUGUAUGCAGCCGGAAGGAAGUCACUCGAAAGCCGGCAUCUUGCUCUAAUUGAAAUAUUAUAAAAUAAUGCUGCAGACUGACUAGUUAAUGGAAUAAAAGAGACGAGUCCCAGGAAGUAGUCUUGUCCCGGCGAUCGUGUUAUCUUCUUCAAGACUGACUAGUUUUGCAAUACUACUUAAUUAAUCUUUUCGAAAUGAAAACGCAUUUCAGAAUUUUGGUUGAUGUUUCAUGAAUUAGCCUGCCUGCUGUCCAUGCAUGUGGGUUAAGUGAAUUAUUGCCUGAAUGUGCGUUGUUAUAAACGUAGUUAUUGAAGCACUCGUUUGCCGUCUAGUAUGGAUAGAGAGUGAGUAUGAAUAGGCAGGUUUAGAGGUAGCCCCAAGCAAUUUUAUCUUCUGCUGGUCAAAAAAUGUAGUAGGAUCAACUUGUAUUUUCAGAUCUCUGUUGCUUUUCACGUUCCAGGAAGGCGACGCGGCUGACUGCCGAAUAUUCUCAUUCAUUCACAGUCGGUCUGUUCCUCCCCCCCGCCUGGCUUGUGCGCUUUGUUUCAUCUUUUGGAUCUUAAGUAAUCGGUAAAAUUAUACAAUCUGUAUGAAAGUUUUGUGACGCAACUAGCGUGUCGGGACUCGGCAUGACGUGGGCUCGAGGACUCUGUCGAAACUCAAGGGCAAGAAGCAAGAGCCGUCAAAUCUGACAGCAAAUAUUUUAUUCCUACUGAUAUCAAGCAUGCAAAUCAAAGGCGCUUAAAAUGCCUAGGAUAUUAAAGGAUCUUUUCGUAACUCAUGGUAAAGAUUUGCUAAAAAUCAGCCACAUAAUAUUUACCUUUCACAGAUACUUGCAAAACGAGUAGGUGUUUAGCAUAGAGACACUAAACUCUAUUAAAUGUUUUUUUCUAUUGUUCGUGGAAAACUCGGACCCAAUAUCAUAGUAUUAGCUAAUGCGCUCUUGUCAACACAAAACCAGACUUUCCGGUUUUUUAAUCGCGGUUUUUGCUCAUUCCGCUCUUCCUCUUAGCGUAAUGAAACGGGCCGUUACUGUCAAACUGAUUUUGAGCACAACAUUCAGAUUUCAGGCGCUCUUAAAUUUCAUAGAAUUUUUUGCAUUUCACUUAUAAUGAACUCUAGAAAGUACAAGUGGACCUUCUGCCGGUACAAGCGACCUUCUCUCAUAAGGCGAAUUUCUGCAAGCAUAUUAUCUGUGAAUUUAGACAGUCUCGAUAUAGCCUUUGAUGUACUUGUCUUUAAAGCAAUGUUUUAGGCAAAAAUUAUGCAGGCAAUCAAAAAAUCAGUAGCAGCUUAAAACCUAACAUGUAUUCUUUGAAAAACUGGAAUUUUCAACUGAAUCCUUCCAAAAACGGCUGAAACUUUGCAAGAAAGCAUUUUAGCUUUCAGGAACUCCCCUUUUUUGCUGAACCACAAGCAACUCAUCUAAAUUCAAGCUUUACAAAAGGAAUGUACCGACCACGGUUUUUACUUCUAUAGAUGGGCAAACGAAAUUUGAGUUUUUGAGCUCAAUUAUAUCGUCGAAAUCAAUUUUUAUCCAAAUUUUUGCUGAUGAUGGAUAUGAAAAAUCGCCGCCAUGACUGAUAUUUCUUUAAAUGCGCAUUUUAUUUAUUUGUUUAAGUGCACUUGUGCGCUCUUUGGAAUUUAAACGGGGAUUUAUUUUUAUUGUUAAUUCUUCUACUCGUAUACGCAUGCACAGAAAGGAAGCUUAAUAAACUUUUAUAGAUUAUUAAAUUUUUAAACUGAUAUUAAAAAUGAGGCGACAAAAUUAAAGAUACUAUUUGCCUAUAUGCGUAGUAGAAUGUGCAUUAGAUGCUGUUGAUGAUAUUGCGUUCGACAAAUCUGACGGUAGUCAUGUAACUUCUGUCUCAGUUUUUUCCAAAAAUAGGGACUAACCACUCGGAAAAUCAGAGGAGUAGAGUGCUGCGAUCCUUUAUAGUUGAGCGUGCCGUCAUUAGGUAAAAGGCAGUCAAUAAACUGACAAUCGGUAAAAAGUAGUUUUGUGCUGUACAAUAUGCUACUUUUCCAAAUUUCUAAAAAUUCUAAGCAAUCUCUUCCUUACUUACUUUCUUGAUACCACAAACCGAUAGGAGACUUAACUUACACGGACACCUUUACCUCCGAAUUGGGGCCAUUGGUUCGAGGGAAAAGGGCCGAUAUACCAGUAUUUCCGUAAAUCUGUUAUAAGUUAAUGGGCCUUGCAUGCGUGUAGGAAAUCCGUUGUCUCACUUCAAAUAGCAUUACAAAUGUAUACUGGCUUUACAAAUCUAAAACGUUGGGCAACGUUUGAGAUGUUAAACGUGUGGCUUGAUGCUGGCUGACUUUGUCUAAAGUUGCUGAAGCGGUCUUCGUAAAACACUCCUAAUAUAUAAUUAAUUGGCUGACUAACUCAACUUUCGUGAAGCCGAGAUCCCAAUUGCUGCAAAGUCAUGAUCUAUGUCCCGUAUCUCAAACCAAACGGCCGUUUUUAUUGGCGGUUAAUUAAAAUAAAUGCGCGUUUGAAUUUUAAAGGUGGGUUAAGUUAAAGGCAGAUGUUUGCAGGAGAUUGUUAAUCAAAAUAGAAUUCGCUGUCUUCAGUUGGUAAGCUUUGAAGACAGAAAAGGCAUGCCCUUUGAGGCAUUUGUUCUUCCUAGGGUAUUAGGGCAUCCUGGGGGGGGGGGCUGAUCCGUUUCUCUGGAUUGUUUGCGGAAUGGUUUACAAUUACUUUAAAUCAGGAAUGCUCACAUGCGGGCGCUGGAUACAAACGCUAUUUUUUCACUGAGGUACGGUAACCAAUUUUGCAAAAUUCGACAACUCGGAAAAAACAGACCCCUUUAACGUUAGGUGUGGGCAUCAAACUCUAGAGUAGCUAUCAUCAAAUUAGGUAGGAGGCCAAAAACGGAGUGGAUAGUCAGUAACUGAGCUUAUACAGCGGUAAAAAUCUAGUCCCGAAUAAACUUCAAAGAAAUUAAAUUGCUGCGUCCCAAAGAUAAAUAUUGUUAUGAUGAUAAUUGCAGUUCGAUACGUAGGACGGCUAUAUCGUUUUUCGUCUGUUGCCGCAAAUGAAAUAAUUUGCCCUCUUCAUAUGCAAGGAAAAACUGGCGAUCUCUUAAGCAAUUAAGACAGUAGUUUUAUAGCAUUGGUAUUAAGAGCAAUACCGACACUGCCGCAGCAUUUAGAAAUUAAUUUGUGUAAGUUCCCUUUACUUACCUUUUUAUUAAGCGCAUUGUAUAAAUACCUCAUUUUUCACCAGUAAGAAGAUUGAGAGUACCUUGCUGCCUUUGGAAUGAAGCGAUCGGAAAACACAUCGGUUCUAACUCCAAUUAAGUCGGUUAAAAUUAAAUUUGACUUUUCGUUUCAGAAUUUUAACCGCUUUUUUAGUCUUUCUAAGCACUGAUCAAUGCUUUUUCGCCAAAAUAAAUCAGAUCCAUCGUUUUCCAUUUUCGCGGACAUGUUAUCGACCUCCGUGGUUAAUGAUCUCGCUAAUCAUUUCUGGUCAUUAGAGCAUCAUAUAUCACACACUUCCUAUCAGGCCACACAUUUCUAAUCCAAAAAAUAAUUCUUUGUUCGGCUUCCUAAUUUCUUUAAAAAACGCAUGACAAACUUGGAGUAAAUCAGCCUGCUUAAGACUUAUAGACUCAGACUAAAUUUCGAUAUUAAUAUUUGGAACGAAGUCCAUCAGCUACUGCAAAAUAACUGCGUGCUUUGCCACGCAACGGCUGCACUAUAAGCCUCAGAAUGUCCUUCUUCCUGAUCUGUUAGUGCGCUCGACUAACUGAUAACUGGACUUUUGCGUCUAUUGCACUAUUUAUUAUUUUCUUUACUGAUCGCUGCCAUGGGCCAUUUUUGCGCAAUAAGGGGACAUUUUCGGGCAUAAUUUAAGUCUAACAUUGGCCGCACAAUGUAGGGAAUAGUAAACGAUCAACAUGCAAGAGGCCAAUAAAUUACUUUUAUCGGAGAUAAUCAAAUUUCACAACUCAAAAAUUUCCUAAAUACUGAAAGAGUUGGACAAAGCGAGUUCUUUGGUAGAGUAAACAUUAGUUUUGCAGUUCGGUGCCAAGGAUUAGAUGACGUUAUCUGUGCCCUGACGUUAGCCACGGCGCGUGAUAAAAAUUGAGCCGAGUUGCACAGUAUGCCAUUAGGUAGAAAUGAGGGGAAUGAGGUGCACCUUGGACAGUGGCGGACAUGGCAUUCAUAAUUUGCUGUUAAAUAUAUUUGUAUGUAUAUAUCACCGUCACAGCUUUAUAUGUCCUAGCCUAGCAAAAUCAGGCGAUAUCUGAGUCGUCCCUAUCUCUUCCUGCGAAAACCUGGUUGUGUGUGGCACGCGUAGACGGACGGAGGUGGAAAAAAAGAGUGUGGAAAACCGGCUAAAUUAGCAAAUGGCCAGGUUGAUGUUCUGGGGGAGGUGGACUGAGUAUGUGGGCAUAGUACGUAGCGCAUAUGCUCAAAAUAAAUUUAGUGGGAAGGAGCCAGAACUGGUUGGCAACAGACCCCCUGCCAAGUUUUGGGAAGAGCAAGCUUUUGCUGCAAAGGGUAGCAAUGAAUUGGUACUGGCCACAGUCUCAACAAACGUUUUGCGGAUUAUAACUCACUGGUGUGAUACUAGUAUUAAACAGCCACGCGGAGACGUAAGCUACGACCUCCUUAAGGAGAUUGAUUUUGUCGUUUGUUUUUACUAGCGAUGACAUUGAGUCCUCAGUAUGAAGAAAAAGAGGUGAAUAUGUAGGGAUGAAGCUCGACAAACAACAUUUUUUGGGAAAGAACAAUGUAUUUUCUUUCACCGGAAAGGCUAACCUUUUUUGGAUAGAGACGAUCUUAACGCAAUUUCUCUAGUUAGUGGCAUGUUUAAUUUGACCCCGUUCCAAUAAAUAUGUUCUAGUCUAAGGAGCAUUCAUUGAAAGCAAACGCAUGUCUGCAAAAUGUUCUUCAGAAUAUUUGGAGUCUCAAGCAUGGUCAGUCAGUCAUUUUAUCGCGAGCGGGAAGGAUGUGGUAGGCGUUGAGCAGAGGACAUUUCAGAGAUGUCUUCAACUCGAUGACGAUCGUACUUACCUUGAAAAAUCGCACCAAUGGAAGACAAGUUUAUUCAACUGCGUUAUGCUAAAGCCGACUUAAUUCGAUACUGCAAAAAUGAAUGGGCACGUUUUUGUGCAUUAUUUAGUAAAUAUUCUGCUUCAGCGUCUCCACAUCUCAUGUAAAGUUAUUCAGUCUCCGAUGGCGAAUUAAAAUUUCGGCAGAUACGAAUCAAAACUAUACGUAAAGCAAUGGUAUAAGCUGGGAAGGACGUUCAGGCUCCGCGCUUACCGUAUUCAAAUGUUAACAAACCACUUGUAUCUCUCCGCACUCUUCCGCCCUCGUCCCAUCUGUUUUUUAGAACUAACGAUUAUCGAUUAAGGUGGUAUGUUAUUGCCCACCAAGACAAGGGAGACUGGAAUGGCCAUUUCUAGUUUAUUAGCUGUCGUCAGCCAGUCAUACCCAACCCCGAAGUGUGGAACACACGAGGUUCGAACUCGCGACCUUUUAGUUAGACGUUCACACCUCUAACCACUGGGCCACGCGCCCGUUGCCCUGUCGGUUUUCAAUUAUUGAUUAUCGAUUUUCCAAUCGCUGGCAUGUUUAACUGUAUCCCGUUGCCAUAUACUGGCCUGAGGAGAAUUUUAUCUAAAGCAAAGUAGGUUCGCAAAGUCGUCUUCGGAAAACGCAGAUUGUUUUAGUUUUGAAACAUCCUGCAUGGUAUUCGGUUUUCGGAGGUUUACGUUAUGCCAAGGAGCUCACUUCGCAAUGUUUUAAACACCGAUGAAAAUAUUCAUGGAAAGUAAAAAACCGAGUCAAUGCUAACUCUUGUAGUUUGAGGCUGAGAUUUGAAUUCCACUAUACGCGUAAGAAUAAGACGCUUUCAGAGUUAGUAUGGGGCUACUUCAAUACGCAAGCAGAAGAUGGGAUCAUUUAAUUAACCUCCCACUGUAUACACAGUGUAUGUACCCGAUUACAGGAUGACGAGAUCCUGGCUCAGUGGUUAGGCAGGAUGUUUGAAUUUGAACCAACAUGUUCCGGGAUCGAUUCCGAGGAUUUGAACACUUCGGGGUUGUUUAUGAUUGGCUACCGACGGCUAACAAGGCACAAAUGGCUAUUAUAAUCUCCCUUUAUGAAGAGGAAGACACGAUCGCCGGAACAAGAGCUUUUAGCCUGACGUUUCGGAUUCGUACUCGAAUCCAUCAUCAGCGACAAAAACAGAAACGGGUGAUUGUUGCACAAGGGGCUGCGGUAUUUAUAGGAUGCAGUAGCCAUGCUACCGCAUACCUAUGAAUAUUCACGGCUCCCCUUUCAUCCGGGAUCGUUGCACUUGGUGUGAUCAUUGCUUGAUGGCCGACAUUCGAGUCGAUAAUUGCUGCAAUUUCAUCACGUGCGUUGGAUGUUGGCUCGACCAUCUGACGCACCGACCCCGGUGUUGAGAAAAGUGUUCACCUCUGCCCUCCUCGCAUGGCCUGUUACUCCGCCAGGCGAAGUCGAACUUGUUAAAUGACUGGAGGCCAUUAAAACAUGACUGAAGCAGCUCCCGGCUCACGCGGUUGUCACCUCUUGCGAGAAUUUCGUCCUCAUCGAAUUUGAAUGUAUGGCCGGAUCUCGUCGAAUGAGCCGCAACUUGAGAGCUGGCGUCAUUUCUCCGCACCGCUGCCGCGUGUUCGGCCAUUCUCGUUCGGAGCUUUAUUUCGGUUUCUCCGACGUAGUUGCUUUGUCCGCAACUGCAACAGAUCCGAUAAACGACUCCAGACGUUUCUAGCCGUGGCUAGUUAAGCUCCUGUCCCGGCGAUCGUGUCUUCUUCUUCAAGACUACUUCCUGGGACUCGUCUCUUCGCUUCUAUUGGCACUCUCUUGUCUUUGUCGAUAAUGUUAUUCGGCCAGUAUUACGCGCCGAUGCGCGGCUGGUGGCGGGGCUCCAGAGAAAAGACUCAAAGGCAUAAAUAGAGGAGUGAGUUCGGUAACGCGAUCUGUGAGCUCCUCUCUACUAUUUUAUGAACUUAUCCAACGCCCUCCUUAAUGGUAACAUUUGAUGAGACAGCUGUGUUGCAAUUAAAUAAGACCGGAGUAAAAAUAGGACUCCGUGUCAAUCGACAAUUGCAUAGCAAAUUAAAUCAUCAAGCUAACCUCCGUCAACCUCCCCUAAGGAUUUCAAGACGCACACAUUUAUAAAGUUGGGUUGGGAAAUUUACCAGCCGAAUUCCACUGAAACCUUAAACACGUCGGUAGAAACUUGCACUUAUAUACACUGUUCACGUAAAUAUGUCAUAUUUCAGUCAAACAAGGGCGGGUGUAUUUUGCGUCAUUAAAUCGCUCACGUUUUUAGAAAGAUCCGACACUGUUUUAAAAAAAUAUAGACGUGAAACGUUACCUGAAUCCUUCAUUUCCGUUCGUUCCCAAAAACGGAUUAAGCAUGAGUUUGGCCCGAAUUUAUUUCUUUGUGAAUUUUUGAAACCAAAUUUAUAAUUUGUCAAGCGAAUGAGCGCGUUCACACUUCUUUAUGGUAUAGGGCUGGCGGCAUUGAGCUUCUUUAUCACGACUGGAUGGGCUAUCGAGACUUCCUUAAAGUACACGUCUUGUGCUUAUCCGCGCGCAAAGGGCAUUGCUUUGUCGCUCAUUCAAAUAAAUGAGCUCGUUUAAGCCUAACUUAUUCAAAAGCAGACCGACUGUCUCACCAUCUUUUGUGGGCUAAAAAUUGAGAUUAAUCGUGUAGUGGAUGAAAGAAACAAGCACCGGAUCUGAGGGAAAUCCACUUCAAACUAACCGAAUCCUUUUCUUUAAUCUUCAGGAUCUCCCCUGAGCCAAAGAACAACCAAUUGUCUAAUUAAUUACAUUAAAUUUCGUAAGAUUUAUCCUCCGACUAAAAAGUGCGGCGGCGCGCAUUCUACUUUAUGGUGGCUUUAGGCUCCAAAAUGCAUUUUUCCUUCUUACCUCUCAGUUUGCAAACUAUAUUCUGGCAAUGAACUUUAUAGCAGGAAUUUCGGAUAAACACUUGAGCGGCAGCAUAGCAAGAGGUUGUUCCAACAUCAGCUGAAUCAUGUCCUGGAAAAGCAUCUCGGCGUGACCUUCACUCUGGGGAUGUAGUAUUAUAAUGGAAUGGCGCGGGUUACCGCGUUCAGUACUUAAUAGGAGCUCUCAUAUCCCAAUCGAAAAGUGUUACUAUGCCCUUUUACAAAACCCCCGAAGCAGUAUUCAAGGUUGCACUAUUAGUUUGCUAAAAGCAAACAUACCCAGUGUACAUUGCGAAAAUGCAUGCUCAAAUCGGACGCAUUUUGAAUCAACCGCUGAAGUGUCAGCUUGUUUUUCCCAACUAAAUGUUUUUCUUAUGGAUCACAAUGUUUUAUUUUUAAUGAUCUCGCUUGCAACUGCUUGCAAAUCCUUAAAAAUCGAGCGUUAAAUCGAGAAGGGUUCAAGCACAAAUUAAAAAACCUAACUCAUAAUCCCAGAACAGUCCUGACGCAAUGGUUUGUGCCCUGCAGAACAAGGAAUCAAAACUUGAAAAGGAAGAUACGAUCGUUGGACAAGAGCUUUAUUAGCCUGACGUUUCGGAUCCCUGUUCGAACCCAUCAUCAGAGACAAAACAGAUACGGGUGGUUUAUGCACAGUGGGCUGCAGUAUUUAUAGGAUGCAGUCGUCAUGCUUCCGCAUACCUAUGAAUAUUCACGACUCCCCCUUUAUCAGGAAUCGUUGCACUUGGUGUGCUGACUGUUUGAUGGUCGACAUUCGCGUCGUUAAUUGCUGCACUUUCAUCACGUGCGUUGGAUGUUGGUGUGAUGAUUACUCGACCAUCUGACGCACCGACCCCGAUGUUGGGAAAAGUGUAUACCUGUGCGCUCACCGCGUGGCUAAUUACUCCAACUAGGCGAAGUAACAGCACGGAGUAUGGAAGGGGAAGAUCGUUGUAUUAGUUGAUUGACAGGGGACCAGUAAACCAUGACUCAAGCAGCUCCCGGCUCACGCAGUUGUCACCUCUUGCGAGAAUUUCGCCCUCGUCGAAUUUGAGUGUAUGGCUGAAUCUCGUCGAAUGAGCCGCAACUUGAGCGCUGGCGUCAUUUCUCCGCACCGCUGCAGCGCGUUCGGCCAUUCGCAUUCGGAGCUUUCUUCUGGUUUCUCCGACGUAGUUGCUUUGUCGGCAACUGCAACAGAUUCGAUAAAUUACUCCAAACGUUUCUAGCCGUGGCACUGAGUCUUUGGCUUCAUUAAAACUAUUAAUACGCCUGACACUAGUCAUUGUUAAGUGCGGACGCGAGAUUUUAUUAGUUAUUAAAUAGUAUACUGUUCUCAUUGUGAACUAGAAGCAUGCAUAAGCAGCAGCGGGAACAAACCUGGCGAUGUGGUAAACUCAACUUUAUUCUCGUUUGAUUUUCACGCUAAUUUUCCUUUUCUAGAAUAUAUUUAGCGAUUAAUUUUAAUUAAUAUUUCUUUCUGAACCUUGAUCUUAUCCUUUACACAGAGAUUUUUCAAAAAUUUUCACUAUCCACUCCACAAUCGUUAUUUAUGUUAUGAAGCGAAAAAAGCAAUUGAUAAGCCGUCCUGCAACUUUUGGCAUCGACAGAUCAUGUCCCUUGUAUUUCUUUUAAAAGUAGGUAAUAUUAUGUUUUUUUAAAACAGAACCCAUAUUCGUAGGAAAUUUUACUCACUUGAAUCACGCUUCGAGCUAACAAAAAAGAUCCAAAGGUCUAAUCAAACCGGUUGGUUUAUUUAAAAUAUUAUAUGGCUUACUUUAUGAAGAAGUGAAUUUUACACGGUUUAGAGGAGAAUUUGUAUAAUGCAGCUUUGCCAGCGUGUUUUCCUGUCGUUUGUUUCAUUAUCUAAAACCGAUGACCUUACCGCUGUUUUAACUCUCGAUUUGAACAUUUUUCAACAUUUUGCCUGCCGAAAAAGCAUUUAUUUCAGGAAAUGAUCGCCAGUUAGUGGCAAUUACUCGAGUUCAAUUAAAUUUAUUAAGCAUAUAGUUACCGGGAUGAAUGAUAAGGUUUUGGGAAAAGAAUAUAAUUUAGACAACCUACUACGGUCAGAACCCAACUCCGUUGGGCGUAGACAUAUUAACUUAGCUGUGCUGUCAUGGGAUCGUUGUGUUGUAAUCUCAGUUCCGUCAAGCCGAAUGGCGGAGUUGAUUUCUGGCGUUUUGUGAAGCAGCGAACGAUCGAAAGUUAACUAAUCGGCAAAAUUACUGUCAGUCCUUAAAAAAUCACUUACGGAAUAGAAGAAGUCAUGAUCGGUGAACAGUUAUAAUAACUUUAAAUCGUUCUCUGAGGGCAACGGCUUUCUAUCCUAUGGUAUUCACACUCUUCAAAUGUCGGUUCCGACAAAUGGACCGUGAUUAUUUCUGAGUAAAACUUUUCUAAACUGGCUGACAUUAUUCAAAAAAAUGUCAGCAGAACAUGUCUAGACAAAGUACUCAAAAGACAAAGGUUAUACUGCCAAUGAGCCAGAUCAAAGGUAAUUGGUUGCCCCUUAAACCUCAACAAAUGGCCUUAACUUCAUGAUUUUCGAGGACAGUAGAGGGUGGCUUGAUGCAGAGACAAAAAUGACUAUAAAAUAACUUUCCGAGAUUUUAGUUAGUGCCCAAGGAUUGAAGGACGGUCGAAAUCUGUGCACUAUAUUUUACAUCUCUAAAUGUAUACCAUACAGGAAGAAGUACUGUCAAUGAAACCCUUGGCUUCAAUGGCCACUUCUGGCCAGUUCAGUGUCGUCCGUCUGCAAUUCCUAACCACACGUCGCCACGCAAAUAUCUGCCAGAAUACAGGAGUGUGCUCCGAGACAGAAUUGGACGAGCGGUGAACUAACUUCCCUUGAUGGUGCAAUAUAUUACUAGUGCUGUGAAACAUGACCUGAUUUUGCAUUAGGCAGAACGAUCUUUUUAAGAAAACAUGGGAGUUAAUUUCACCCGGCGAUUUCCUUUGAGGGGCUGAAUCACUGUCUUUCCGGUGUGGUACCUAAGUUACAUGUCAUCACUCGAAAACAGCGACCAGUAGUGCAAAGAUACUAUUGGCCGUGGCAAGAAGAGAUUGAAUUUCUCUCUCUUUUUUAUCUAUUACAAUCAGCCGGCUGGUCAAAUCCCAGCCGCCAGCGUUUGUUACUUCGACGAGUAAUUUAACUUAAUAGUCUACGAUUUGCUCAGAGUCCUACUGGCUUUCGCCCUUUCUUAAGGGGAAGGCUGCACUCAUAAGCCUAUCAGGGUAUGCGUAUCUCAAGUUGAUCUGAUUCUCUGCUUCCAGGAACCCGAGAUUGUGCAGGUUUUGCGAUUCUUUCAAUAUAUUCUGGUGCAUGGUUAUGGCUAGCCCAAGACGGCGAAUAAGUCAUACUUGGCCUUUCUACAUAGGCUUUUCACGACAGUGCGUUUCUUUGGUUAAGUAAGCGUUAGAAAAUUGCCUACAAAAUCAUCUUUGUUAAAUAUGAAGUAUCGCAUAUCGUAUGGGGAGUGUUGCAAUGCGGUAUUCUAAAUUGUUGUAAGCGAAAACGAUUUUUGGGAUAUCACGGGAUUAUUUGCAUUAACACAGUUGGAUAGACAAAACGAUAUCUAAGAGGAUUGUAAAAAAUAAUUUGAAUUCUUAUUUUUACUGUGUCCCCCUACAACAUGCAUAAACGUGCCUUCUGUGUGCCUAUCUGAAAUGGAUGGACAAUAAACACAGUUUUAAGCACAAAGUAAGGUUACUUGCAUUUCAUCUAUUUGGACAGUGGUGAAGAAAGUUCCGUUUGAAAGACAUUUACAAAGAUGCAAAAAACUCUAGGCACUUCCUGUGAAUCCUAAUUGACCGAGCAAGCAUUCGCAUCAUUUGGCACCCUCAGUAAUUACCCCUUGCAUUUCCUUUGCAACCUGGAAAUUAAAUUCGGCUGCCUUAUUUCUGACCGUACAUAGUUUGAUAGAUCAUGCAGGCAUCAUAACUACUCAUGGAAGAUUCCACCCCAUCCAUCUUACACUAAUAUCUGGCCGAAACUGUGGCCAGUCAUUAAUGACACUCUGUAAGUUAACUUAACCGUUAAACAGAAGUAAAAAAUUAAGGCGUAAACGGCCCGUUUUAUAUAAGGGAAACAAUUACGGUCUAACAAUAAGAAGCGGCACUGUUAUCCUAAAGUUUGUAUAAAGAUUAACUGUCGUGUUUACUUUUUGAAUUUUCUAUCACCUGUACUUUGGAGGGCGUUUCUCAUUUCUUACAAUAAUACUAUAACUACGGGCGCAUUUACACACCACGACAAACUACUUUAAAUCCAACCUUAUAGUAUUCAAGCACGUCAAUUAUUUGCUUCGGGAAACUUAUUCGGGAAUAAAAACAGAACAUAAACGUCAAUCAUACAAAGGGACGUAAAUGUGAACUCUUUAAAUUGCACUAUUGUCCUCGCAAAGUCAAAUACGCUCGGAAGCGUAAAUCAGGUUAAGGUCAGCUAUUAACAUAAAAAUGGCCCGAGUAUAAGCUAGCGUAUAUUUCCGCUAAAUUUUAUAAACAUUUUGUCUGAUGAAAUUCCUGAGACACAUGGUGUGUGCUAAAAAAUAACAUUUUCACAAAGAAGCUUCGCAAAUAUGACGAAAAAUAUUUUAAUUUUAUUGCAUGAGAAAUUCUCGUGUACGAUCCAAAAAUCUUUCAGUUUCCUUUUUGAUAAUGCAAAAUCAUGGUCAACUGAGACUGGUUUAUCUGUUUACAACUUUUUCAGAUAAUAUUUCGUUUGACUUUUUACUUAAUAUUCAGACAAAACUAGUGUGAUUCUGAUGUUCAACAACAUUAACAUUUUCUUUAAAAGGCUCGUAAAAACCGUCAAAAUAUUUUUGAAAUAUAUGCUAUAGUGGGCAUUAAAAUAUUCUAGUCUAUGAGUUAAGCUAUUAUGCCCUGUGCGCAGUAAUGGUUUGAGCAAAGUUCAGUUAACAGCGACGGUUACCCCUUUAUUCCAAACAUUUUCCUAUGCUUGCAAACUUUUCGAAUUCAAAAACAGAAAUAAACUAAUUGUGCUCAUGGGUCCACCAGGCAAUUUUCAUGGCAAACUGUACAAAACUUAAUUUGGCGGAGGACAACUUAUGUGCCACCCAAAUCGAGGUCGCUUCCGGUAGGUCAAAACAUUGUUUGCCUCUGUUUUCCUUUUUAUGUAAAGUAGAAUGGGACGAGAGAGAAAAUUUCAUUGGCGUCAGGCUGAAUAAAGAGACAGCUGGAUACUCAGGCCCUGUUUGAUAAAAUAUGUCUGAAUGACAUUACGUAGGGCUAAUCGGGUUCCAUUUUUAGCAACGCCAUAUGUACAGUGCGUGACCUAUCUCAUGAAAUGUUGGCUUUCUUUUAAUCUCUCAAUAGAGAAUCACGUCUUUAUUAUAUUUUAUACUUAAGGAAGGAGUAUAAUUAGAUUUUAAAAAGUUUCUUAUUAUGAGACUGUUUUAGACCGCGAUAUGUCCAUUCGCAUAGCCUCGUACCUGGCCGUUUACCACUGCUCCUCAUGAAAUGUACAACAUGGUCCGUAUCCAUUGCAAAAUUUUAUGGACCCUGUAUGAUAUCUCUUUAAUGACAUAGAAAAAUAUGGGAUUUUCUUUACACGAAACGCAUGCACCUUGUAGACAGAAAUCACUAAGCGCUGAUGCAACAAAUGAUCAGGCUCCAAAUUAUUCGGCAAUUAGAAAACGUUUUUAAAACCCAAUUAAACUCCUUCUUCGAGUAUAAAAUAUAAAGAAGACGUCAUUCUCUAUUGAGAGACUAAAAGAAAGCACAUUUUCGUUUGUGGUUUCUAUAAAAUAUAUUUGAAUUUGCAAGACCAUCGAAAAUCAAUGGGAAAAAUGCAUGCUACUUAAAUAGUCAUUUUUUACCGAGCACGCUUUCUACAAGAGAUCGAAAAGGAGUGCAUUUAAAAGCCGACAUCCUGCCGAGUCCAAAAUGUUAAAAGAGUAUGCCUUGAGAUAAUCAGUAUCACAACCGCGACCAAGUAAUCCUUCCUAAUCAAAAACGCAUUUCAGAAUUUCAGCCAACAUUUCAUGAGAUAGGUCACGCACUGUAGGGCACGAAUUUUAGGCUUCCUGCUGCAGACCCCGCAAGACAGACAAAUGUUUCUACUGGGCGAUGCUAUUAUUAAACUACAAAGUGGAUGUACUUUUAUGUUUUUAUGCAUGACAAAGACACCGUGAUUAUGAAAUCUGUUCUGAUAGCAAAUCCGCGCAGUCGUUACUUAAAUAAACCUAACUUGUUUGAAACGAUCGGCCAGUCUUGCCUUGCGUGAUUACUACCCCACAGGACAAUCCGGCCCAACUCAGACCCGUGAAUCAGGAUGCAACAGCUUAUUCUUACUGCGGCCUCUACGGUACUCUCGCCCAAGUUACGUAUGCGCCAUCAUUUCAGCAGUCUGGCACAAGUUUUAUAAACCAGUUUUGACGUGCGCACGUAGACGUACUUUUGAGUUUUGGCAUUUACUAAGUCCACUCCCACAAUUAGUCACCUUGACACUGUCUUGCUUUCGCUGUCAACGGUGGAGGGCCGAGUGUGGUAAAUACUAAGUAAGUCCGUCUCAUUAUAACCUAAUUUAAACACAAGUCGCCGAUAUUUUGCUAGCUCCAUAAGACAGACAGUGGACGCCGCAGUUAUAUGUGCUGGGAAGGGGUAAAGUUUGUAACUUCUCUAAUUAUUUGGAGGGUAACAAUCGGGAGAUGGCACCCAAAAAAUCCGUUACCUAGAAAUAAUACGUUUAACAGUGUACUCAAACGCCUUCAAUCUAUAUCAGCGGUUGCAAGCCUACUUUCGCGCACUACUUGGACUUUCAGCAAUGGCCUAACAUGGGCUGGCCAAAUGAACAUCGCAGGAAGUUACAUGGACGAUGGUCGCUGUUACCCAACCUUCCCCAGCGUUACACACGUACACCUGAUUAUACGGCAUACAUUCGCAUUAUGGCAGUUUAUUACAAAACAAAAUCACUUUAAAAUAGGAUAAGUCCGCGCAACAUGGGACAGGAACAGUUCCCAGGUAUCUGUCAAAGACAUGGCAUUGAGGCCAAACCAAAGACGAUACUGUCUCUGCGAGCCCACACAGCUCUAUCACAUACAGGGCCUCCCUCGUGGAGUUUCCUUUUCAGUCUACUCCAGUAUGCCUCAAUGGCAUUGGUGUGCCGUCCAGUGGUAAGGUCCUUGAAGUUCUUUUAGAGGUUAACAGAGAAAUGUAGACAGCCUUCUGAGGGAAGACGAUUAUACGCUUUCCAUUAUACCGCUUUGGCGACACAUUUUGCAAUAACGGAACGGAGAGCGGGCAAACUUCAAUCAUUCACCUGUUCAAGUAAGGUUUUCCGUCGGCUAGUGUCGUACAUCCCGUCCAGCCACCAUCCAUAAAACCCCUAUUACCACUUGUCCCGUAAGACAGGUUACGUUUGUUAGGCGGAUUUUUUGGGUGCCAUCUCCCGAUUGUUACCCUUAGGAGUAACUGAAACUUUAUGGUACAUUUAAAAGACAGGUUAACGUUCCGGCUCUCCCUGAAAUAGUGGCAGGUCCAUGGAAUAAUUUAAAGAGAACUCCCCAACCACUGGUAACGCCAGGCAAUGUGCUAUAAUGGGCGAUCAAUUUUAGACCUAAAAAUCCAUUAAGGGGACACGCAUUUUGUAGCACCAGCUAAGUACUUUUGAAAAAGAUGCCAACUUCCUAAGUUACAAAAACUCCAGAAAACUCUAAUCUGUGGUUGAUGCGAAACAAACACGACAUGAAAGAAAGAUCCAGUGUCAAGUGUGUAACGUCCCGUGAUCUGUACAGGUUGUUUGAAUACCGUGGCACUUUUGGCGCGCGGGCCUAGGAUGGAGAUGGCGUAGCCGCAUGUUGGUGAAGAUGGCCGGUGUCCCUUCCACUCUCUUCCGCCGAUCCCUUCUCCUGCUCCGUAUCGUGUCGUAACGUUCGUACCACUUCCCUCACUACAUCGGCAACCCCCUCGGCCCUUCCCUGCAGUUGCCCCCAGCGCUGUGCUCCCCACCGGUUUUCCAGCUGGCAUGUUGGCCUCGCCUCUCCAUCCAGACAGGUCACUCGACUGUUAUAACUCAUCCCGUUUGUACUUUUAACUGUCAUUAUACAUCUUUUCAAUUCCCUUUUCUGUUCAUUAUAUCUUCCGUCCGCUGAUCGCUUCUUCUUCCUUUUUGUAUGGAUGAGUAUCGUGAACUGCUAACAAUCGUAUUCAGAUCAACACAAGCCAGGAUCACUUCCUCGAUAUUCCGUUACGCGGUUGUGUGCUACCCUUGACGUCCUCGGCCGCUACAAGUGAGCAAUACAACUGUGCUUUGAAGGAGCACGUGCAAUGCCUCCCGACUAAAGCAUGUAUAUUCUUUCUGCAUUCCCGCAAAGUCACAAGGCUGCCGACCCUGGCAACAUCGGGUGGGAACCUCAAGCGAUCUGUCAAAAUUACUAGCAGAAUUCACUGUUAACGCUGGACGCCGAUGUCAAUGUUUUACUUUAUUGUCGGAUUUUGGUGACGUUUUCGACUUCUGGAGUCGCAUCGCAUGAUGGGUCCGCAACAAAAUGUCGAAAAAGUUACCAUGCAUGCAUUUAACCACGUCAACAUGCGUCCAUAAAUGUGCUUUUUGUUGUUCCCGGUCGAGGUGAAAACCUCGUGAUUACGACGUGUCAUUAUCAACUUGAAGUUCAUGACUGUAGAAAUGGUUUGACAUCUUAAAUUAGACAAUGUUAACCAUGUUAUUAAAUCGUACAUUAAAUCCAUUUAAAAAAGACUGCUAUCAAAUAACAUUCACUUGUUCGGGGUACACAGAUAUCGCAGAAAAUAGGCCCUCUCCUUAAAAAGACGUAAAGCCUUUUUUAGAAACCCAACCUUUUCCUACGUAAGCCAAUCUUUCAGCCCAGGUGUGGUCCACCCAGUCCAUCAAGGUUUCUCUUUGAAGGUCUCCUUAUGAGAGAAGUGCAGUUCUUUGGCAUGUUGACGUGGGAGAGGUUUUCAGAUGCAUUAUGAACCAAAAUCAAACUUAAAAUGUAUGAACGAACAAAAGGAUUUUAGGUUAUAAACGGUUAAUAAUCCAUGCAGGGGGAGGGUUGUCCCUGUUGUCCAUGUUCGUCGGAACGAGGCCUGUUCCAUACAUGAGGAAUUAAACACGGCAGACGGUCACACCUGGUCCUCGCAGGGCUUACCAGGCAACUAUCUAUAAUUGACAACGAACGACCGCGCCCUGCCAGGAUGUUAACUGCAUAACACGAGUUUUUAAACUUUUAGCAGCUGGGUGUGCCCCGACUUACAUGCUCAGUCAGCCGUGCGCUUUAACGAGUACUCCAUGACUCGCUGGAAAAAUUUGCCUGAUGAGUAGGUGUCCGGAAAGGAGACAAGCGGCGGCAAGCUUCAAAGCUGCCCUAAGCAGCCAUCAUACACAAAGCAAUAAACGGCUAACAGAGUGCUCUCAGCUCUCUCAGAAUUGUCGACCUCCUCCCUAAGGAGACAGAACACCAAACCAUGCCAAAACCACUGAAGUAUCCAUAAAUCCUAUACAGAGGGGAAAAAUAAUUUUGGACCAUCAAAAGUAUGCUGGUCACCGGCCUUCAGGCUUGAAAAACACUGUACUUCUGCAAUUGAACCCGGCAUUCUUAUAAGCCAAUGAAGAAGAUCCAGGCAAUCUAGUGCAAAAGGAACUUUCCCUGAUGACUGUUUCAAUGACCAUCUUAUUUGGGGGCCCGGAUGGGCACCAAAUUCUAGUGGGACAAGGGUCCUCCACAGCUUCGAAAAAACGUGCAGUAAGUGGGCUAACUAAUGAAAUCUAAACAGGAAUUCCGAAAUGUGUUUUAUUUUGGAAAAUAUUUAUUAAGUAAGAUCGUUAGACCAGGCAAAGGGCAACAUAAUUCUACGAUAGCUCAGUUACCCCAGGACGCCUGCUCUCGAACAAACGUCUUUUCGGCUACAUCUAAAAACCGUUCUCCACAAAACAUGACUACUUUGUCAGCAUGCAGUUUAUGCAUUGAUUUUCGAUGCCCUUAAAUAUCCAAUUAUAUUUCAUAGAAAAAAUGUAUACAAAUAGGCAUGAUUUUGCUCAUUCAAUAAAACAUUACGUCUUCUUUCAAUUUUAUAUUUGAAAAAAGAUAUAAUUUGGUUUUGUAAAACGUUUUCAAUACUUAAAUAAUUUUGAACCCGACCUGUCGUUACACUUGCAUUCAGGGUUUACAAAAUAAAAUACGCAUGAUUUCCGCGUACAGAAAACCAUUCAUUUCUCUACAGUUUUGCGAGGACAUAAUAUGGGGUUAAUAAAAUUAAGCAGUGCAGUUGAGCCGCAUUAUUAACUUUACUAGCUAAAUUGUUAAAUACAGAGACACGAUGUUUUAUGAAAGGUCAUUUCACGAUGUCAAAAAAAACUUUUAGAAAAUUUUUUAAAACCGAAUUAUACUCCUCCUUCGAGUAUUAAAUUGAAAUCACAAGUUAUUUUCCACCGAAUUUGCGGAAGAAUAAAUAUUUUUUUUGCAUUUUUUCUAUGAAAUAUAAUUCAUUCUUUAAGGCCGUCGAAAAUCAAUGAAAAAAUGCAUGCUACUUAAUUAGUCCUUUUUACGGAAUAUGGUUUAUGGAUGCAGUCAAAAAGACCUUCCUUCGAACUAACUUAUUACAGAAUUAUGCUGCACGAUGAUUUGUUUCACAACCCUACUUAAUAACCCUUUUCGGAACUUAUUUUGGAAUUUCUGUUGAGAUUUCAUGAGUUAACCCACCUACUCAAUAUUUCCUGUAGCUCGUAGGACUGGAAUCUGGUUUGUUGCUGAUGACUUUCAUUCCUUAAUUGUGGCCACCGAAGAACUGCUCAUUCUGACUUUGCAGAAAUGACAUAAAGUUUAUUAUCAGGGUACAAAGAUCCAGUAACUCGAGAAUAUAUAUGUCUGACAAACAAAAAAUUAAGAUAAAGCAUCAAACUCGCAAAAAAAUGCAUUUUUUUCAGUUUCAUAAUAUCUUCAGAAUCUAAUGCACUAACUCAGAGCUAAUGACUCGGAAGGAAGAUUUAUAGGCUCAUUACGAAUGCCGACAUGAAUAUUUGGGCCACAAUCUAUCAGUUUCGGCGGGGCUAACAGGUAGCCGGCAGCAUAUAAAUAUUUCAUGAUGGCAACACGGUAUUAGAAAAAGGUUCAACCACAUUUUCGCUGAUAUGCUGAUAGUGGACGACAGAGGUGAAGGGCGUUUGAUUCAUCAGUAGGUCCCUCCGUGCGUUUACUGGUAGAUACUUCAGUUUCGAAAGAUAAGCCUUUCAAUCACUACGCAUACUUAGAUCCACUCAUUCAAAAUAAAGCCUUGCGAGAUUUGUCCGGAAGGUGGUUUGCAAUAUCACGUCAACAUCCAACACUUAUGAUAAAAUGUCAUCAAUUAACAACUUGCAUGCUAGCCAUCAGGCAACUGGCACAGUAGCCGGCAAAAAUCAUCGAUGGAGAGAGCGAUUAAUUAUCCUAGGUAUUCAGUAGCUAGCGACUGCAUCCUAUAAAUACUGCAAUUUCCUGUAAACGAAUUACUCUUAUUUGGUGUUGUCUCUGGUGGUGGGUUUGGACGUGAAUUCGAAAUGUCGGACAAAUACUUAUCGCUCCUACUUCUUAUCAGAUUUAUUAUUAUUUUAUAUGCAAAUUGCCCAAUCAGAUAGAAUUUCAUUUGUUAUACAUCUUCAGUCGUAGUCGUUAGAUGAUCACAUAUAAUACGUUUACGCCAAACAGUGAAAACCACAGCGACUUCGAUGGAAUUUGAACCAACGACGGAGAGGGGAGGACUAGAAUAUGACCGUCGCUCUUGCCACCUGAGCUAUAAGAUCUCACUGGAAGCCGGGAUUUUAAUCAUAAUUUACAAUUAUUCAGAAUCCCCGAAAACACCUAUUACAAACGUGAAUUUGGUAGUCAUCUGGUGUAUUUUAGAUCAAUUUUUAGAAACCUCUACCAGCUUGAUGCAUCAAAUUUGGUGAAUUCCAUAGGUUUUGGGUGACGUGACCCAAAUUUAACUAAUAAUAUGGCUCCCAACGAGGCCUCGUAACUCAGGUGGCCAGAGUGUUGGUAGUACUUAGACCUUCCCUUUGCCAUUCCGGAUUCGAACCCCACCGAGGUCGCUGGGUUUAAGCAGUUGAGAACAAGGUAACCAAUCUAAGGUUCAUAGAUGUUUUGGAAGAUUUUGAGCACUUCAUAUUGACCUAUCUGUGAAGAACUCGGCGCCUUGGUUGGAUUCAAACACACGCAGUAGGGGGAAGGCUUCAGUACAGCCAACAUUCUAACCACUGGAGGUAUGAGGCCUCGCCGGACGACGCGAAUUUAAUCGCAUUUGCGCCAAGUCACCUGCCUUACCUAUUACAGCGUCUGGAAUUCUCCAAAUCUGUUACAGUCAAUUGACAGCCUAAGCAGGAUUUCCUAAAUUUUCCGAAACACCUAUUAAUCACGUGUAACUUGAAAUUCUUUGGUUAGUUUUGAUAAAUUUUAGAUGCCAAUUCUUUUUUUUAAAUUGACUUUCUGCAUGCUUUAGAAACAACUAUUUUGUUAGAAUGUUUAAGCCUUGAGGAGUGCAACCUGGAUGGCUUUUGCAUAACGGAGUUGGCCUCACAAAUUUCCCGCCAUUUCACGUGGUUCAUAAUGUUGACAGCCUGUGCCGUCAGUAUUUCUUCAUCAGGGCUUUCAAAACACUGCCAUUCAAUUUUUUCCUACACAUUAGCAAAAUUCCGCUCUUAUUAUAUUUUCAGUUAGCAUUAAUUGCGAUGCCCUAGCUGCAAGAAGUGGCAGGGAGUCAUAUUGUAACAAAUCUGUCAUUCCAACGGAAGAGUAAUGAAGACUCCCGUCUUCCGAGCUCUUUUUCGAACAUUGACCGAAUAAGACCUAUCAAACACCUACUUAGACUGAAGGAGUUUGGAUACUGUUCCAUUCUUGUUUUGUUCUAAUUUUGUAACUACUAAAUGUCCGAUGGAGUCUGUGCUGUCUUACCACACUAUAGAAAUGAUAUUUUUUCCUUUGGAAGGAAAAGAAUAUCCAACACACAGGGGUAAUUAAAAAAUACUAAAUUGCAAGACUUCUCUACUUUUGAAUCGCGAUCCACUCACUCCGAACCGUGGCAGUCCGGGUAGAAAAAAUCCUUCGGACGGGCAGCCGCCAUCAAGCGCAUGUGGCGUAAAAUUCAAAAAAUGAAAAAUUAUUUCGUACGAAAGGACUGCUGAAAAACCACGCACUGUGAUGAGCAAGUCAAUUUUUUCAGUGUUGUUUGAUCCGACUUUUUAAAGUACUCUUUAGAAAUCCCGCCGUACCCGAGCGCGUGGAAUUUUCAGUGGGGCACAGACAUCUCUCGCGAAACAAAAAAAGCUGUAAAAAAUGUUUCAGAGAAUUUACGCAGGUAGAUGCGUCGUUCGCUCAUUUAAUCUUUUCGGAAAAGCAAAAAAUUACCAGUUCAGCAAGUAAAAGGUUCCUUCGAGAAGGUUCUACCACAUUUCCUGAAUCAGCUGCCGACCGCUGUGAGCGUAGGGCUAAAUUUUUGUUCCAAGCGGUUGUAAUCACUUCUUCAAAAGGGGCGCUAGACGCUCUUGUAGAACGCUUUCAUCCUAAAAACCUUGUCGUCGUAUUCAUGCGGGCUGGUGGGAGGUGAAGGCAGAAAAUGGAAUUCAUGUUGUUAAAAGUACGGACCUUCUAUCACGUUACACACUGUAGAACUUCUGCCAGUAGAAACGAAAGGACUGGUCCCCGGAAGCAGUCUUGAAGAAGGAGACACAGUCGCCAGCACAAAAGCUUUAUUUGCCUGAAGUUUCGAAUUCCUGCUGGAACCCAUCAUCAGAAACAAUAGCCGAUACGAGUAGUUCACUAACAACAGGCUGCAGUAUCCGUAAAACGCAGCCACCAUGCUACCGCAUACAAAUUGAAAGUCAUACUUACUCUUCUCAUCGGGGUUUGUUGCACAUGGUGUGAUGAUUACCUGAUGGGCGACAUGCGAGUCGUUAAUCUUUGCAUUUUCAUCACAGAUGUUGGAUUUUAGAGUUACGGUUGCUCGAUUGACCGUUCCACGGACUCUGGGAAUAGUGUUCGCCUUGCGCUCCCCGCGUGGCUAAUUACUCCACCUAGACGAAGUCUCAGCACCGACAAUGGAAGGGGAAGUUCGUUGCAUUGGUUAAUAAACUGGGGCCCAGUAAACCAUGACUCAUAAAUAGGUAUGCGGUAGCACGUAGACUGCAUCCUAUGAGCACCGCAGCCUCUCAUUAGUGAAAUACCCGUAUCAGCUGUUGUUUCUGGUGAAGUGUUCGAGCAGAAAUUAAAAACAUCAGGCAAAUAAAGCUCUUGUUCCACUAAUCGCGUCUCCUUCUUUCUGUAAGGCAGUUGAUCCACGCGUUCUAACUUUACUCCGUGCCUCGAAUCAGUUAUCACAAGGUUGAUAAAGGCGGAAGCUUUUCGAGCAGUCUAGACUCCUAUGCGACUAAAAAAUUUCCCCGGUUCAAAGGCCACAUUAAAAUCUUCCCAGCACAGAACCAAGCGAAAUUAAAAAGCAUCAGUGUCCUACUUUCAGAAUAUUAAGUGUGAUAAACCAGUAUUAAAACCAAGCGAAUGCGAUGCUAACCGACUCCGAAUUCUCCUGGGAGGCUGUCAAACUAGUAGAGAAAGUAUCAGCUGGUUCGAAAAAUAUUUGCCAACUCCACCACCGGCUUUUAGAAAUUUUAAAUUAAUUUCUGUUUUUGAGAUGUUUUACAAAAAACUUGACAUUGUACUGUUUAAUAAGUCACCUAUAAUUUCUUUCGGAGUGCACGUUUGAGGCAUAUAAGCCUACAAAAACGAAGAUAAGAAAGAGGAAAUGCGUUUUGUUUCUUUAUGUCGGCUCAAACGCGGUUUUAAUGCUUAUCAAACAGCUGCCAAAAUCAAUAAAACACAGGGAGAAGGGUCCACAAAUGGUCGGGCAGUACAAAAUUGUUUCUAUAAAUUCCGUAAUGGCAAUGUUGAAGAAACCGCACGUCAGAGAGCUAAACAAACGUCCAAGGCACUUGAUGUCAGUGUUAUACCGGUGUUCGAAUAUCCGAUGCGUACUGGUAGGACAAACGAUUUCCAUUAGUAGGACGCGCGUGGGUUCAAUGAAUAUCAAACACCUGUUGGUAACUUGCAACGAAACGUGGACCUCGUAAGUGAUCAGGAUAAUAGCCGGAUCCUGAUGGAGCACCCAAAUAUUUUCCGAAACUCCAUCUGCAUCAGCAAAUGGUUAUGGUGUAAUUCUGGUGGCCGGCUAUUGAUGUAGUCCAGUACGGCCUUCUCAAGGCCAACAAUGGCAUCAAAACAGAGGUAUACUGCAAACAACUUGGAAAAAUGCAUGUUAAGUUGGAAAAAAACUAGAACUUCACUAUAGGAUUGGUGUGACCCACUUAUCCUCUAAGACAACACACGGCCGCAUGUUGCGACGAUGGAACUCCCGAAACUCAGUGACGUGGAAUAAGAGACUUUACCACAUCAUCUGUGUUUUGCGAUCUUUUGCCCAUUGACUACUAUUUUUAAUCAUCUAAACUCCUUGAAAGCUACAAGACUUUCAAGAGCAAAAUCGAGAAAGAGACUGGAUUCCGAGGUUUUUUGUCAUAAAAACUAGUAAAUGUUUGUCGACGUGGCAUAAAUGAUCUCGUUUAUUGAUAGCGUAGAUGCAUAGAUGAUUAUCAAUCAGACUUUGACUAAUCUUAACAAGCGUAGUGUUAAAAUCUUCAAGAUGAAAGGCAUGUUCCUGAAAUCGACCAGUUUUUUCCGAACAACCUAAUAAUAUGCCACAUUUGGUCCGCCGAAAUUCGGCUAAAUCCCAGGGAUUAGUGGUUGCGUGCACUGUACUGCGAGGAGCAGGUUCGGCAUAGUGACCAGCAAGGCAUUCAAAUAAAUUCGUGGUGGAAAAAUUAGCAUAAUCUCGAACCCUGUGUUGUGUUUAGUUCACAUUUGUAAGCCUCCAGCUUCCUCCUGAUGGGGCGAAAUUUCGAAUUUAAAGAGAACCAUCAUUUUCCAGUUUAAAGGGCAGGAAUGCUGCAAGUAUUUCUGACAGUUAUUGUUGGAUAACAAAAAAACUCCUAUCAGUAUGUUUUUUGCAUUUUGCUGUGAGGUAGAAUGGACGGCGUAGUUCAGAAGUCCAGGCACGGCUGGCGACAACGAACAAGUAUUUUGUUGAUUUAACAUGGUAAGCGGUAUCAAAGACGGUUUAUAUUUCUCAAGCUCUUUCACUCCAUAUCUUACGGCCUCGGUUAUUGGCCGUAAAGUAAUCUUCUUACUCUGUGCACUUGAAAAACGUUUUUCCGCAGUUGCGCACUUCCGUAUUAAAACCUGUCAGUUUGGUUGUGCGUAUUCCAUUUCUGAUGGAGGAGCCUAUUACUGCUGUGGGUCUUAAGCGAUAAAAUGUAUCUGUCCACCACCCAUAUCGACUCAACACUCGGAAAAAAGCGGCAGGAGUCUGGGUUCAAUUGUAGAGCUUUUUGAGGAUUCCGUUUUUGAAUAGUACGGUUGUUUUGCCUAAAGAAACGCUCGAAAUGUGACUGGAAGUGGUAUACCAGCUUAAGAGGGAAGAAGUAUUCACUGGAACAGAUGUUGGUAUUUCAGAGCUCAUUGUGGGCUUUUUAUUUUCAAGCGUUGAAUUCGCUAACCUGGACAGAAAUUUGGGAGACUUGGUAAGCUACUCGGCUUUUGACUGGACGAUUUUCUCCCUCCAUUGCUGUUCUAAACUUUUGGCGAUCUAACGAUUUGAAAAAUUAUUUGUGUUAAUGGAAACCAACAAGCGAGUUCUAGGAGGCAGUUCAGAGGAAAAAGAAGUGGAUGCGAGCACUGGAGCAAGAAGUCUACUAACCUGGCGUUUCGAAUCUUUGUUAGAAUUCAUCAUCAGAGACACUCGACCUCCGUGGUGAUCGGUUCGAAUGAGAAUCCGAAACGUCAGGCCAAUAAAAUUCUUGUUAGAAUGAUAUUUCUGACAAAGACAAGAAAGACUGGAAUGGCCAUUUCUGGCUUAUUAACCGUCCUCAGCCAGUUAUACCCAACUCCGAAGUGUGGCACACCCGAGGCUCGAACUCGCGACCAGUUUGUUAGAAGUCCACGCCUCUAACCACUUCUUGUUCCAGCAAUCCGGCUUCUUCUUCUAAAUUGCUUGUGUUAUAAGUCACCGCUUCCAAAGAGAUUAGUGGAAACUCCGUAGGCGGUUGCCUGAUCUGUGUGCUCCUCUGCUUUCUUAUAGAGAGAAUUCCGUGUCAGAAAAUAUAUGAUCGAUUUUUGUCAUUUCAGUUCAGCUGCCUUGCUUUACUUAUCGUGUCGUUCGUAACGCGGGCUCCUCAAAUCGGGAGAUGGCCGACAUGGUCGCUGACGGUUUUAGUCACAAAAAGUCAGGAUUUAGGUGUGCGCUGAUAGGACUUCGAGUCACUUCGGCUUAAGAUGGUUGUCUUUUUGGUUAUAAAUCAGUUUCCCAGUUGCUCUUUUGUGCUCACGCAUGCGAGUCCAAACUGGAAAGAUACGAUAAUGGGUGUAUAUGACCCUCGCUAUACACCAGAGGGUUAGGGUUGUGGCCUUCCAAAGAAGUCCGUAGCUGUAGUUCCUUCAUCGUCGGACCUGGAAUUUGAGCUCCGAAGAAACCGCCUUUACAGAAUUUGUCCCCAUUCAAACAUCAUUGAAAUAUACGCAAUUUUACCCGCACUUUAAAUCCCAUGCAUUUGUUUCUGUGGCUGCCGAUGCCGUUUAGUGGUUGUAAAGACGUUUCAUCGUUAGGUAUAAAUAAGAAAGUUGUCAUUCAGUUAGAACUCUUCUCCUUCCAUAAACAAAGUGUUUCUGUCAGCCUUACAGGGCCGAAAAGUGCUUAUCAGCCAAUCCGUGGAACACACCGCCAGUACCCUGAUGCCCGCGGUUCUAUCGGGGUGUGGUUUCCUGUGUUUUUUUUCAUUACUAAGAAGUUACUUAUUAUUUCACUUCCUCUAGGACAGAAAAGCGCUCAUUAACAAAAUUCAAACCCGCAUUUCUAAUGAUCUAUGAGGACGGCUAGAAACUUUUGGGAGCUUUCUAGAAGUUUUGCAGACAAGGCGAUGUGUCCUAUUCCGGACAGUGUUUGACCCGCACUGUUGCAAAAACUUGAGUGCCUCGGUCGCAUAUAAUGAUUGACUGAUCGUACGCCGGAUCAUUUGAGAGCAACCUAAAUCACGACUGCGACACUCCGCUGUCCAUAGUUGGGUGGAAGUGGACUUGAUCUAUAUUGUUAACUUGAAAAGCCAAAUUCGCAAAUGGAUUGAAACGACGAUGUAGUAACGGCCAUUUCACGCUAUUUUAAAGUCGCACAAUAAGUCAAUUUUUUAAAACCGAAUUAUGUCCUUCCUUCGAGGAUACAAUUAUAAGAAGACGUAAAUGUCUACCGAAUGCGCAAAAGAAUGGAUAUUUUUUGUGUUUUCCAUGAAAUAUAAGUGGACAUUUAGGGGCAUUGAAAAUCAAUGGGAAAAAUUCGUGCUACUUAUGUGGUCACUUUUUACCGAGUGUAGUUUUUCAUGCAGCCGUAAGAAAGUUCAUUCGUAAGCCAGUAUCCCGAGGUAACUGAAAUAUUAUAGAAUUAUGCUGCAUGAUGAUUAGUUUUACAACCCUACUUACUUAAUCUUUUCGAAACGAAAACGUACUUCGGAAUUUCGUUUGACAGUUCAUGAGUUAUCCCUCCUACUCUACGUCAAGGGUUGAAGAUGGUUACACCGGUUCUUCCAUUGGAAGCUACCCCCCCCCAUGAAUCUAACCUUAUGCUUACCCCUUGGAACUGCGAUGUCCUGAACAGCGAAGGGGGGUGUGCAGAUGUUGCACAGGCUAGCAGCGUCAGCGACCGGCCUGCAACCACUCCUGCGUUCUGACAGCUGACCACCCGUUUGUCAGAUGUAGUUUGUCUUCCAUAAAGUUUGGUCCGACUUAGGCGAACAGCUGCCGUAUGUUGCCAGUAAGGUAAUUUAUCCUAGUGCUUUACUGGCGUGGCUUAGCUUGAUGUCCUUUAUUAAGAUUUGGCUGCAAAUUGGGAGGUCUGUGAACAUUUGCUUUAUUUUGGGAGUGCAUUAACACUCAGACAUGCUGCUGUGAAUGAUUAAGUAUCACCGCUAGGGUAAACAGAAAUACGAUCAAACACAAACAAUACCGAAAUGGCAAUUUCAGCUGUUUUUUGUCGUCUUGCUGUCCCGCGGGGAAGAUGUGCAAAGAAAAACGUGUCAACGCAGACUGGCGCUAGUUUCUGUGCCCAAUACGGCAGAUGUGAGCUACACGCUGAAAUCUACAGCCUUCAAGAUGCGUGGUCACACAGCGAACGCCCAAGAACCUCAAGAAACUGAUUUUUCUAACUUUAAUUCAACCACCUCCAGUAGCUUCUGACGUACUUACGGCAAGCGCUCAACCGCCGAGAUCGACUAUAUCCGCCGCGUGCCGUGAAAUGGAAGAAGUGUGUGUGUGUGUGUGUGGCAGAUCCGAGUUACAUUUACCGCAUUCCCUCCUUCCUCAGCUACCAUAUUUUGAUAGCAGAAAAAUCUGAAAGUGAUCUGAGUUUGGCUCAGAUGCAGUCACCGACAGCCCGUUUACGCGUGCCGCACACGAGCUCAUGAACCGCGCAAUUUGCUGGGUCAUCACGAAAGAAAGGAAGACUACUAUCUCAGGUUUGUGGGCGUGCCACAUAAGGUCGUAGUAAAAAGGGGUCGUUGAGUUUGUUGCGGCUAGGUGGUCAGAGUAAGUGCUUUGAGCGCUACAACCAUUAGGUCGAAUCUCAAGUUGUAAAGAGAAGACAGAAGGCACCAGAAUGAGGAGUUUUUGUGCACAGAACCCGAAGUUGUCUUCUCAGGCGGCAGUUACCACUGGCAAAGCCGGGGCAGGCCCGAGAGUCCCGAGGACAGUGGUAGCAGCCACUUUCGUAGGCUCGUGGCCCAAGUUCAAGUGGUGUCCAGUCAGUGUGUGUUGCAUUGCCGAGGGGUGGUGUCCCAGUGGCUUAGUUUGUGGUUGAAGGGGGGAGGUGCGUUCAAGUUGCCCCAUGGGCAGCUGCGGCUGUGAGAACGCAGGUAUGCCCAAGAUGUCGGUCGUGUGACUUCAGGUCAGUGCGUCUGGAACAGCGCACUGCAAAGGUGUGAAUGACCUUGAGACAGCAAGGUCUUGACUAAUGACGCCAGACCGGUCAUGAUGGCUACAAGUUCUCGAGCCAGCCCUCCCACAUAUAUACAUUGCCGACCCGUAGUUAAAUACUUUAAUCUACUUCUGGAGUAAUUACGACGUUCGUCGGAAUUCUUACUGUUCACACUUUAGUCUGUUUUGAUCUGCAGUAAUUGAUAGAAGAGCAUCCUGGCGUAAGGCGCGCUUUUUUAAAUCACGUGCUCAAGUGUCGUGCACAUUGGGAAGCAGGUAUCGGCCCUGUAUGAAAUGAAAUUACUAGAAGAGUCAGUAAGUUUUGCUGACACGCAUACAGCAAGCGAUUAAAUUGGAACCUUAAAAAUUCCUUUUUCAUAGAUACACGUUAAAAGUGUUAUAACCAUUCGUCCGAAUUUACUCACCGACUGAUGAUUGAAAAUCACUGAUGGGGUCUAGUCUACCUGUUGGUUAUAAUAAGUAGGCUAUUAAUCCCGUCAAUCGCUCGUUUAUUCACCCUGUGCGGUUUUUUUUCAAAUGACACGACUUGCCAUAUAACAUAUAGCCUUUCAUCUGAGCACUUUUUACGAGCGUGCAAGAACUACAAUUCAUGAAGCACUACUUGAACUCGGUGUCUAUUUGAACCUACAGACCUGCAGAUCCUGCAGUAUUACCCACUACACUUGUGAAGAUGUUACUAACCUCUAAUGUCUUUUCACCUGCUGAAAGGUAAGUAGGGUCAAAUCGUACAAAAUAUGUACACUGCAGACUGCUUGUUAGCAGUUUGAGCACUACGAGGCUAUCUGGGUGAAAUUGAUGAAUUCAGGCUGAAAUAUUCAUAUCAGCCUCCAGGCUGAGCCUAUAAAGCUUUAUCUCGGCUGAUUUAUUCCUAGUUAACACAUGAACUUCUGUAAAGGUUAUAAGUCAGUAAGCAGUUUCUUGAAUAAACCUGCUCCGUUGUUGUGCUUAAAACAACAAAAUGUUGAGGCAUAGUAUCUGGGCGUUCAAAAGGCGCGUACACUAGAGUCUAAAUUUACUCAUUUAUUAACGCUCAGGACUAAAAACGUUUUUUUUCAUUUUAUAAUCGUCCUGGGUACAGGAUUCGUCAGAGGAAAGGUCUCCGACCAAAAAUGUUUGCAUGGUAAUGUAUUAUGGCUGAUGUUUGAACGUGCCACCCAACUUGCCUCGAGAAGGUUAACCUGUGGCAGGCAUAGUGACCCUGUAACAAGGGCUGCGCUUCCCACGACAAUCAAAGAAUCAAUUUGAAACAAACAGGCUGCAGCUCUAACGGAGAGGCCUUUUGGAAUACAGUAGGUGGGCUAACUCAUGAAAUGUCGGCCGAAAUUUCGAGGUACGUUCUCGUUUCGAAAAGAUCACUUAGGCAAGGUUUUAAAACUAAUCAAUAUGCAGCAUAAUUCUACAAAGAUCUAGUUACCUUACGGUUUCGGCUUUUGAAAGAACGUUUUUACAACUGCAUGCAAGAACUAUACUCGGCAACAAAUGACUGCCUAAGUGGCAUGAAUUUUUCGCAUUGAUUUUCAAUGUCCAUAAAAUUUCAAAUAUAUUUCAUGGAAAGCAUGCAUAAAGAUAUUCAUUCUCUUGCUCAUUCGGUAGAUAAUUACGUAUUCUAUCAAUUUUGUACUCAAACGAGGAGCAUAAUUCGGUUCGAAAAAGUUUGUAAUUGUGGGAUUUUUUAAUACCGUGAAAUGGCCGUUCAUAAAACGUCGUGUCUCUGCAUUUACCAUUGUGGAUUGUAAUGUUAACAAUUUGGAUCAAAACAACUGCUUCAUUUAAUGAACCCCACAUAGUAUCCUCUUAAUACGGUACAGAAAUGUAUGGUUUUCCGUACACGGAAAAUAUACGGCCUAUAGUUUUGAAACCCUGAAUGAAAGUCUAACAGCAGGUCGGGUUCAAAAUUAUUCGCAAAUUAGCAAAGUUUUUUUUGAAUUGAAUUGUACUCUUUUUUCGAACAUAAAAUUGAAAGAAGACGUGACUUUCUACCGACUAAGUAAAAGAAUGAAUAUUUAUAUGCAUGUUUUCCAAGAAAUAUAAUCGAAUUUUUAAGUACAUCGAAAAUCAAUAAAAAAGUGCAUGCUACUUAAGUAGUUAUUUUGUGCAGAGCAUUACUCUUGCAUGCAGUCAAAAAUAAGUUCGUUCGAAAGAAAGCACCCUGAGGUGACUGGAUCAUUGUAGAAUUAUGCUGCAUCGGGAUUAGUUUUACAACCCUAAUUAAUUAAUCUUUAUAAAAGAGAACGGAUUUUGAAAUGGCAGUUGACAUUUCAUGAUUUAGCCCACCUGCUAUACAACCCGUGAUCACAUACUUCUGGAAUGAAAACUUCACUCUAGUACACUUCACUAUUUUUUGCGAUGAUCCGGGUGUAGGACAUCCAAUUAACUUGAGCUCUCCUGGAGACCGUGUCUUACGUUGGUGGUAGAAGGGGUUUAACAGGUAGGGCAACACACAAGACGGAGAGUAAAAAACACAGAAAAUAGACAAAUUUCUGUCAAAAGUCUUAUCGUGCACUGUGAUUUGGCAAAGAUUGUAAGCGCAAUAAUUAAAAUAUCCACUACAAGCAAUUAUCAAGAAAUUCCGGACUCUAAAUAAAGCGCUGCCGGUAAGUCUGCAUUCGUCAGGAAGAUGACAGUCUCACUGAAUUGAAAUAUAUAUUUUUGUUGUUGCCAUCUACUUAAUGGGUUAACACUCUUUCGUCACAUGGUAUUUUUAUAACUACUUUAUUUCGACUGUCCACCCAAGCAAACUAGUCCAUACUUAAGUCAAAUGCACUGCCUGUAUCCAGCCCGGGGAAUUUAAUUGCAAUCAGCACUUUAGAUUCAACUGCAUAAAAAGCCAUCUGUUUCAGCUAACAUUUCUUAUUCAGUCUUCAAACGGCAGGAGAAGGUGAUUAUGCAAAGUAAAACAAUCCUAAGUAAUGGCGAUCAGCACAAAAGGAAAUAAGCUCCGCCGUCAGGAAAUUAUUAGUCUGCUCCCCCUCACCGUAGAGCCUAAACGUAAAAAGUGGAUAUUAAACCGGGGCAUUUGCGGGGCGCUUGAUGACAAGAUUCAAAAACGCAAAAGAAUUGCAAACAUAUAAAUCAGUGUUGACGUUUAUUUCUCACGUGCGCCUAAUUUAAACAAACUGCUUCCGAGAGCAGUCUAAUAGACAAUGGGAUUGUCAGCGGACUCGAAGUCUUUAUGGCACCUGGUACCUUAACUAUAGUGAAUACCGGACUUAAGUUUCCUAAAGUGCAAAUCUUACUCAACAAAGUAGAACCCAGUCAAGACCUGUGGCGUCAAGGUCACAAGCAGGGUAUUUGCUGAGGGAGAGCUCCCUGUGUCUGAGUAUCCACCUGGUGUAACAUUUGCGAACGCUAAAGAAACGCGAUGUCGUGAAGUAAACUUCCGAAAAUUUGUUAUUUCAGAUGUGGGCGCGAAAGCUACAGCCUACGCUUACACUAAAUUGUCAGGCAGGUGCAAAGUUUCCCACAAAACUGUCAGAGCAGUUAUCUUGCUGGCAAGCCCUUGACUCUUCUCGGAAAUCUACUUCCAAACUCGAAAAAAAUUCUGCGCCACCAACACCCUCUGGUUCGAUUCAGAGGUUGAGACGAAUAUCUGAGCUGAAAUUCAUCGGCUUGGGCUAAGUGGUUCUGCGAUGGUUAUAUUCUUCUCAUAGUUAGAUAGUAAUAUAUACUUUAUCACGGAUUUACCAUAUUCGCAGAAUGACCAACAACUAAAAACACCAGCGCACACGUUUUACCGAACGCCUGACGCUAAUUGACACAGCUUCGAGAGGGGUUAAUGAGUGCCCAACGUUCGUAUAUCACGUCCUGAUGUGACAAAAGGGUCUGAUUAAUAGGUGUUUUGGCAGAAUUUGAAUAGUUUAUUUUGACCUAACUGUGAAAAACUCGGCUGUACUCAAAUCUGGGGUCACAUCCCACCAAGGUGGCCGAGUUUUCGCAGUUGGGUCAAAAUUAUUUAUUCUAAAUCUGUCAAAACCCCCUUUAUUACCUGGUUGUCACUCCGAUGAAUUCUAAACUGCAUACUUUGGAAAUUCUGCUUGUACAGUCAACUUACUGUAUCAGAUUUGGUGGAUCACAGACGUUGCAGUAGGUUGGGUGGGUAACUUCGCCUAAAUGGGCUUAAACUCACGGCUCUUGGUAGGGCCUUUUAGCUCAGGUGGCCAGAGCGCUGACUGUACUAAAGCCUUCCCCCUACUGCGUGGGUUCGAAUCCCACCAAGUUUGCCAAAGUUUUCACAAUUGGGUGAAGUUGAAAAAUGUCUGACCUGAAAGAUUAGUGCAGAUACCAGAAAGCCUUUAAGGGUGGGGGGCACCGAAUCGACGAAGUGUGCAUGUAUGGGCUUUUAUCUAGCGCACGCGCCGUCAGCAUGUAGGUGUAUACUAUGCCAGGACCAGCAGACCAUGGCCCUCGCCGCCUGGUAUGCGCUGGCAGACCCUGUCGGCAGAUACGCUUACGCUUCCACUAAGUAUACAGGUCGUGAGCAUAGGUGCCCACUCUUACUCGUCCUCCACCAGACCCGUUGCGGUGUUGUUGUUGUCGGUCAAAAUUCCAACCAAGUGCAAUGUGGACCAGGGGGUGUGGUGGCCCACCUAGGUGCGGGUCUGGCCGCGCCUGCCGCCUGCUUCCUUUCCGCCUCCGGUCAUCUUGAUUCUGUCUUGACACAGGGUCCAGGUGGGGAGUGGGAGGGAGAGAGUGCGGUAGAUGCUGUGCAAGCCCACUAUCACUAUAAACUUAAUCACACCCAAGUGACGGUGCCCGCUUCACUUUGCUGUGGGCACUCGGCGGGCAUGGUCGGCAACGACGGUAAAUCAAUCAGGUUUAGUACUGUUGAACCGCCGAGGUAGGAGAUACUGUCCCUUGACCUGCAUUCCACCAUAUCCUGCGAAACGCUAAGAAUCAUACUUUUUACCUUUUAGCUCCAAAUACUGGUGGAAUUAUCAGUAAGUUUGUUGACUAAUUUCCUACAUAGAAGUGACAAAUCAAUUUUAAUGUCAACAUUUUCUCAUGAACGGACGUAAAUCUGCCUACGUAAGUUUUGAACGACCCUGGUGUUCCUAGCGUCAUUUUUCCACAUUUACACUCAUCCCUUUGACUUGCCCAACCCCUCUGCGUGCCAAUUUUUCCAUCUUUCAUAAAUUAUGCUUUCAAAUUCAUACUUUCUAUGGUUAAUUUGUGUGCAUUAAACGAUGACCUUGCAGUUUUUGCAUCGAUUAUAUUCUGUGGGAAUUCAAAUAUCUGUAUCUGUCUCAUUUGUUAUCUCUGUUAUACAGUGACAGGUUGCACUUGAUAAGCCGUCCCGAAAUCUCUUGUUUCCAAUACCUUGGCGUGCUGGUAAAGCAUGCUCCGAAGCGGGACUGUAGGAGGAAGAGGCGGGUGAGGAGGAGGCGGGGGAGGAGGAGGAGGAGGAGGAGGAGGAGGAGAAGGAGGAGGAGGAGGAGGAGGAGGAGGAGAAGGAGGAGGAGGAGGAGAAGGAGGAGGAGAAGAAGAAGAAGAAGAAGAAGAAGAAGAAGAAGAAGGACGAGGAGAAGGAGGAGGAGGAGGAGUAA